AUGGUAGCCGGGAAUUACACAAUGAUUAAAUUCCACUCGGAAAACGUUGACAAAGGAAACCGUGGAUUUAGAUUGCAUUUCAAAGAAUUAUCUCGAAGUGGUAAGUGCAGAAGGGACCCAAGCGUAAUACAAGAAUUUGUGUGGGAAAUAACUCUCAAUUUUCAAUCUAACCUACUUGUGAGCACAGGCCCUUCGAUCUUCCUAGAUAGGUCGGGACAGUAUCUAAGAUGGUGACCAGCGGUGAUAUUUUACGUAUCACGUUUGUCAUCUUGUAGAGCAGCUUGCGUCGCAGCUGCUUUCUAUUAAACGUUUAACAAGUAGCAAAAUGUCAAAACACAACGAAACCCCAACGAAAGCCCUUCCCCAUCCAUCUACAUACACACAAGCGGUCGCGAUAUGAAUUUGAUCUACGUCCGAGGGCUAGACCUAUUUCUUUAUUUUGAGUAAGCGGAGUGGCUAAACAAUUUCUGUACGGUUGCAGAAACAAUAGAUGCGGUUACACACACCACCGUAAGGGACAUUUCUCACGGUAAUAGUUCGUUUGGCUACACAUCAAUUAAUUUUCCACGUAAAUUAGCUGCUCUAACGUCUUCAUUCGCGAGGGAGCUUAAGCAACAACGACGGCGACGGCUACGAAAACGUUACAUAAAAAGUGAAUUCGCACCGCUUCAAACUUUAUGGCGUUUAUUUACCUCAUUCAAUUCAAAUCAUGGCAAUUUUUUCUGGAGCUGAAUUCUAAAAGACUGUAUCGAAGUUCAGAAAAAGAAGAAGAAAGUCGUUGCCUUGUGUUCACGUCCUCCACAAAACAUGAAAUCAGGCAGUUUCACGUCGUAGUCGUGCAGUGACAGCAAAGAAAUGUACAAAAAAGCGUGAUGCACGUGCAAAGUUGUUGUCGCACCUAAGAGCAAAUUUAAUCCAAACGAUGCUAAGUAGACGUAAACAUUUCGAUCAUCUCUCAUUUUCCUCGGCAGAGCUAUGCAGUUCGGCGAAGGAUAAUAUACUGAGAUCCCCUGUAUAUGUACAAAGUUAUCCACCAAGUAUGCACUGCGUCUAUAAUAUCUCAGUUCCACAUGGCAAGGUGCAAAAACUUGUGUUUCAAAUAUUUGAACUGGCGUUUGAUCCAGAAUGCAGGUUAGAGUAAUAUUCCUUGAUUAAGCGUGUUUCUAACUAUAGUGUGUUAGUGAACGGCGUCAAAAUAACCCGUGAAAAUGCUAACUAUUUUUGGAUGAAAGGGAAGCCUGAGCCGGCAAGAUGUGGUGGCGUAUGAUCCAAGGAUCAUUAUACAAAACUUUGGCUAAUAAUAUAAUGAGCUCAAGUAAUUACAUGUUAACAGGGCAAGAAGUGCAGCUAAUAAGGACACCAAUGUCUGUGACAGUUAUUGGCGUGCAAAUAUUGACAUAAUUCACUAGGAACUGAAUCUGUUGAUAAACAUCAUCAGGUUUCAAAUUGCUACGUAAUGCAGGGGUCAUUCAUAUUAAAAAUCUCGGCUUAAUUUUGAAAGGUCAAAACUCUCAAAUAACUUAAAGUAAACCGUUUUCUCUUAGUUUUUUUUUGUUUUGUUUUCUUUGUACUUACUUUAAGGAAUUGGUCACCACUUCGAAAUGUUAAGUAGUCAAAUGGCUCUUGCAAAAAGUUAAUAUCAAGUCAUGGAAAAGCAACUUCAAAGAAACCAAUCCAUCUGAAUGGUUCUUUAUUCUGAACAGAAGCCUUUGACUUAAUGCAUUUUAACAGGAACAUAUAUAAAAGUAAUUUGUUUAAUGUAAACCCGUGAAAUAUUGAGUGUUUCCUUUGCAGAUUGAACUACCUGAGCAUUUCGCAUGGUAAUAACUUUAUCGGCCAUUAUUGCGGUAACUUAACGGGAAAAGUUAUUCUAGUUUCACGAGACUAUCUGGUGUUAACAUUUCACUCAAACGAGAAACUUGAUCCUAACAAUAGAGGAUUUGAAAUAUUUUUUACGGAAGAUGUAAACAUGCCUGGUAAGUGAAUGUAACGAUAACUAUACUAUAUCAAUACUACUAUAGCAAAUUAUAUUAGAGUACAGACACAUGGAUGACGUCACGGAAACGUUUUUUCUUUGUUUGUCAAACAUGGCGCGCGCUUUUGAAAUGUAUGCGAGACUAUUUCGGAAUAAGCAAGCAUUUUCCUGAAUUUUUCAUGUUGGCAAAUAUCAUGGUCGAGGAAAAGCUUUAGCAUUAAUUUCAAAUUGCAAGUAAAAGAAAGACCAGUCAUAUAUUGAAUAUCCUGAGUGAUUUCACGACCCCACCACUAGUUUCCCCGCGAAGUGACGUCUUAGGAAGGACUGCAACAAUUCCAUACUUAUGACGUGUCAUUACCCAGAUUUGGGUAGUGCUUCUGAUUAGUUGAGGCAAAUUUCGCGGCACAACCAAUCAGAAGCACUACCCAGAUCUGGAAUGUUGGCAUACGUCAUUUGGCGGAAAAACCAGUGAAACCAGUGCUCGCGAAAUGUUGGCUUUUUCCUCUGGUUAAGUAUUGAAUAAGUUAUACUUUGACUAUAUGUUUCAGCACCUUGUCUAAUAGGUUGGACAAGCCUUUAUGGUUCUUGCUACAAAGUAUCUUCUAACGAACUGGACUGGAACUCAGCAAAGUCCGCUUGUGAAGCACUGGGAUCAAGUCUUGUUACUCUGAACUCACUGGCUAAAAUACAAGAGCUCAUUAAAAGAACAAAUGGGCAGACGUGGAUUGGUUUACAGAGGGAUCUCACGGACAGUUCACGCUGGCAAUGGGUUGAUGGGUCUGGCGCUUUUUAUAGCUACUGGUGGAGUGGAGAGCCAAACAAUUUCGGAGGCAACGAAGAUUGUGUUGUAAUGAACCCUCACAUGGGAAAAUGGAAUGACCAAGAGUGUUGGAAAUCUCAUUAUUACGUUUGUGAAAUCAACGGUAACACAACUUUCUAUGAUAUAAAGUACAAUCAAAAAGUAAAGUAAAUUGUAAAUUUGAUGUGUAAACAGUACUUCCAAUGAUUGUACGGUUUAUCUAAGAUCCCAAUGAAUCUGGAUAUUUCUCAUAAAGGUAAUAAAGGUAGACUUGUUGUAUUAUAAUCAAACGAAAAUCUUUUUUUUUUUUCAGCGACAAAAAUACCAGCAGUCAGCAACAACAACUUUUGAUUCCUCUGCUUAUGAUAAUAUUCGUUCAUUUCAGAAAUACUAGAGACCUUAAGAUUCUAGGCCGAGAAUUAACGACUACGAGUACGAGAUUUCAUUUAAAGUUUUUUCGCGUAUUCUAAAAUAAUAGACACCGUGGAUAGCUUCAUUCUACAUCUUUUUCACCAAAAAAAAUAGCCUUGUUAUCUUUAUUGAAUGAGGCUAAACUCCCAGCUGCAAAAUAAUAAAACCUAUAACACUUUAUAACUCACUUGUGACCGCUAACACACUAACUCGUAGUAGAAUGACGACAACUAUCACGUUUCCGCCAAAAUGAGGUUGGUUCACACGCGCGCACUACUGAUCAUGAGUAUUGAGGAAAUCUGGUACUCGUAGUCGUACUCGCCUUAGAAUCUAAAGGUCUCUAUUUGUCUUUCGCAGGUUGUCCCCAGGACUGGAUUCAAAUCCUCGGCUCCUGCUACAGAGCCUCUUCUUACGCAGUGGAUUGGUUCGCGGCAGAAUCGGCCUGUAAGGCAAUUGAAUCUAGUCUUCCUAUGGUGACUUCACGUGCUGAACAAGAUGCCCUCGGCUCAUUUCUAACACAAAGCGCAUGGACUGGUCUGCACAGGAAUCCCAGUCACAAUUUGAGUGGGGCUGGUUUGGUCAAUGGUUCACAAGCUAGUUACGGUCAUGAAUUACGCAGUCACUUGGAUAGUUUGACGGGCGAGGGAGAUUGUGUAGAGAUAAAUUCGCAGGGACAACUGAAAAAUAGAGACUGUCGUCAUCACCAUCAGUACCUUUGCACAAUAGCGGCAGGUAAGUAACUCCGAGAAAACAUCAUGUGUUUCUGGAAGAGUUAGAAUUUCUGUUCCAGAUUAUGCUCGUGUGUAUUGUAUAAAGGUGCCAGUUAAGAUUCUUAAAAAGGUAACACUCUCUUGAAAGAAAUGCAAUGAAAAGAAGACAGAAAAAAAUUAACACUUGAUUGCAAGGUCCAUUAACCCAACCGGAGCGGCCCACUCAUAUACUAAUCACGGCGUUUCGACAAUCAUCAAGUAGUUUUAGAUUCAUUGUAAAGUACUUUUCCAGCAAAAAUAAGUAAGCCUUCGGUAAAAAGCACGAAAUGGAUUUUACUUUGCUUAUCUUUCACACUCUGUAUAUAUAUUCUCAAAAGGAACUAAGUGCAGAAAACCUUCACUGCGGGAUGAUGUGGUUGUUUCACCUUCUGAUUGUCUUUUACCAACCCACCCACAUGGAAAGAUUUGCUCUUUUUACUGCACCCGUGGAUAUCAAGUCAGCGGUCCUUCGUCUGCUCGUUGCGGGAUUGGUGGAUCAUGGAGUGGGGAUGCCAACACCAUCAUUUGUGAUGGUUUGUAUCUUGAUCGUUUAGGAUUCACUUCCCCCCUCAAUUGUAGCGUUAAAAAUAAGCCAUUGUUUACAAUUUUUUGGAUUGCUGUCAAUCCAACCCGAAAGCUAUUGACGUCCUGCAGGUUAGAGCUUCUAAAUCAAGGUGUUCUUCCAACUAGUAAAUGGGACGCCUUAUACCAAGUUUGUGCAGCAUUUUUUUAAUUGUCAUCAUUAUAUAAAUAAUCUUCAGUUUUAAAAUAAUCAUCACCACCGCUACAACCAACAUUGCCACCAUCAUUACCACAAUUAUCAUUAUCAUCGUCGUCAUCAUCAUUAACAACAACAACAACAACAACAUAGUGAUAAUCAUUGCUACAAUCAUUAGGACCACAUCAUCUUCAUCAUCAUUACCUUUUUGCAUUCAUCAAACCCUGGUGCAUCGGUUAAUGUCAUAGCCAGAUUACCGCGUCAAAGAAGAGUGGUGUUCGAGAGCCGUCAUUGUUUGCUUUUAUUCAAUAGAAUGUGAAGAAGCUCUCGGUAUGGGAGACGGAGAGAUCUCCAACGGGCAAGUCAUUGCUUCUUCGCAACUGGAUGCCGAGCAUGCAGCCAUCAAUGGCAGACUAAACGCUAUAAGAACUUCAAAUAAAGUAGGAUCGUGGUCACCUUAUACCAAUGAUGUUAAGCAAUGGUUGCAAAUAGAUCUAGGCAUUCAAGAGCGUACCCUUAUAGCAAAGAUUGCUACUCAAGGAGACAAUGCUAACAGCACGUGGGUCACACAUUACACAUUACAGUACAGCGACAAUGGAAAUAAGUUCAAUGUUUACAAAGAGAUAGGACAAGGAAAAGAUAAGGUGAGAGGCCUCUUCUUCGCCAAAGUUAAAAAAAGCAGUUUAGCCGGCAUUUCUCCACCAACCUUUAAAUACGUAUAUAUUAUUUUGCUCGUGUGCACAUUUGGUCAGAGCAAAAAUAUCUCUGGCAACCCGCUUCCUUUGAGGAAUGCAGCAAGAAAUGAAUUUAUUGACUGAAUUUAACCCAUGUGCGCCCUACCUGGAUUUUUCAGGUGUUCGAUGGCAACACAGACCCGUAUAAUAUUGUUUCUCAUAAACUAAAUCCACUCGUAAGAGCACGGUACAUCCGUUUCCUACCAACCGCUUGGCAUAAACACAUCUCUAUGAGGGUGGAGCUCUAUGGAUGUAAAGGUAAUUAAUAAACGGACAACUUUUAAUUUAAAACAUUGCCUAAUUAAGUUUAAAUCUCAGACUUACAUCUAUGAAGCGGACACCCAUCCCCAACCUCCCCAAGCAGUUUACUUUUAUCUCAGAUACAUUUUGACAAAACUUGGCGACGCACGGUCGCUUAUUUUGGUUACGAGAUAUGAAACUAUUAAAGGAGAGAGUUCAAUCUAUUUCCCAACAAAUUUUUACAGCUUUACCCCAUGAAUAUGGAUAUUAUGGCAACAAACGAAUAAAAGUGACAAAUUAUAACAUGAUACAUGAUAAACUACCAAAAGAAGGAAUGUACAAAAGAAAAUUCUCUUUAGCAUUCGAAGAAUUCAGUUAAUUUUGUGAUUCAAUUUUAAAAAAUAAAAUCUUUCAUGAGUCAAUCUGACUAAUGAUCUUUCCUUAGGGACACCAAAAUAUGGCCACUGGUUCCUAGAUGGUUCUGAUUUAGAUGUAAGGUUAGUAUAACAUAUAAAUAACCUACUGAAGAAACGUGAUGAUAAUGGCGAUGAUGAUGAUGAUGAUGAUGAUGAUGAUAAUAAUACUCAUAGUCAUCAUCAUCGUUAUCGUAAAUGCUUUCAUCAUAGAAAUUUUAUCAUGCAUUUGAUUGAUAUUCAUAAGUCACUUUGUGCAUGAAAGGAGAGUACCUUCAUAAUUUGUCGUAGUUUUCAAAAACGUUGAAAGAUCUCUGGUGGUAUGCUCUUUUUAAGCUUAAUAUUUCACAUUGAUUUUUACAUUCAUUGCUCUAAUUUUCAUGCCAUAGAUUUUUUGGUGCGGUCAACUACACUGACGGUUGGUGCCUUGGAAGUAAAGCGGCGUAUUUCAGUCAAAAAGGCUCCUUUGUCACUGUGCCCAAAGUAAACAUUACAAACUGCGACUUUACAAUUGCUUUUUGGAUUAAAUCCGAUGGUAUUGAGGGACCUUUCAUGGCGAUUUGGUCUGUGAGUGGAAAGCUACUUUAUGCAACAAUAAAGAAUUCCAGUGUCAUCUUGUCGAUACAUAACACUAUAGCAAAAGCAAACUUCGCAAUCAGUGACUGGAAUCAUGUUGCCAUUACCUGUGAGGACUGUAAGAUCAAGGUGUUUGUAAAUGGAACAGAAAUUUUAAUGAAGGAACAAUGGAACGAGUUCUUCUUCUUAUCGUCAGACCAUCUUGAGACGGAAAAUGUCCUAGGAAAUCAUCCAGUCCUGUUCAAGUUGCCAUUGGUAAAUAAACCUUUUGUUGGGGCACUGAUGGACCUUCAUGUAAUCAAAACUGCCUUGUCUGCAAAUCAGAUUUCUGACUUGAGCAAAGGUAAUCUGUUGUUAUUAGGGAGUUUAACCAAAUGAGUUUUUGAGUGACACCCGUCGAGCGGAAGUGAGCCGUUUUCGCUCUUUAAACAUCUUGACGCUGCCAAAAUUGUAAUGCCUCGUUGUCUUGCUCUUAUAAGGGACUUGACGAUCCGACGACGCGACGGCAGCGAAAACGUCGCUCCGCUCGGGCGCAAAUGAUGCUACUCGGGUUACAAAUACAUUAUAUGCCCCCAAAAAGUCAUGUGAUUGUCAUAGUGAUCUAAAAAUGCAUACGGAUAACACUGAAAAAACGGAAGUAAUUUUGAGGUGGUCAAGAACUUGAGCGUCGUAUAAGACGAGAUGUCUAAACGGAGCUGAUUAAAGCAGCUGGAGUGACAACCCUACAGUCGCGCAAGAAUCCUCAUAUUUUGGUGUUCUUAUCAGAUCUUUAUUGAUCAGAAACAAAGAAUUAAACCAAAUCCCUUGUAGCCCACACACAAGUAAAUAACCAACUGAUGACGGUAUAUUUUUGUGCACCUAAGGCACGCCGAAAACUCCAGUUAUUAACAAAAAGGAAAGCAAGAUAAAUGGUUGCAAAGUAAACCUCACAUGGAGUCGUGACGUGUGUGCCACUACGAAGAACACCAUACGCUUUAGGGUGAUAAAUCCACAGGGCUACAGAGCAGAACGCCGCGUAGAAGAGCAUACUUCAGCGAAAUUAUAUCAUCUAUUGACACUUGACUGCGACAAAAUCUAUCAGAUUGAAGUGUCUUCGUGGAUUGGAGAACUCCAGAGCGACUGGUCUACUCCUUGGCAAGUUCGAACUAACUCACCUAAGAUAGAGCAGGAAACACAAGACGUCUACUGUAAGUACCGCAAGGGAACAAAAUAAUUAUAGAUUGCCUUAACCCAAACUGCGCUGGCGUUCCUCCUCAGAAGACAUUCUUAGGGCCUCGUGACGCGUCGUUACGUGACUAGUCAAAAUACCGUCUACGUGGAAGGCUACUUCUCCCAGGACAAGUGAGGCUUUAUAUCCGUUCAUAGCCCUAAGGUCAUGGAUGAUGCCAUUAAAUAAAAGACAAACCAGAAAAUGCCGGCUGCAAGAAAAAUCGUCCUAGAAGUACUUAUAAUUAAUUCAUCUCUCUAUUAUCUUGAACAGGGUAAAUGGAUGAGCAGGUCAUUGCCACAAUAAUGAGCGACGUAUAAUAUAAGUCACGUUCAUGCAAACGAGAAAAUUUUCUACCUUACCCUACGCGCACGGUCAUUAUUAUUCAGAAGAAGGCCUAACUAACUGUGCAUUAUCCUCUUCAUAAUGUCCGUCAAUUUUUUUUUAAAUAUAGGGAGACUCUACCUAAUGAAGUCACAAAAAUUCCGUGAAAGAAGCUUCAUUACCCGAACUGAUAAAACAGCACGAAAUUCCAAGGCAAAAGCAUAGUUACUUGAUAUGAAAAAAAUCAUUUAAAACUUGAAAAAUCAAGUCAAAUGAAGCCGUCUUUUUUACAACAGACCUUUUUUGGCCUCUUCCGCAGGCGAGAUGGGGAAAACAAAAUAGAUUUUAAAAGUUAUAUUUGCCAAAAGUUCAGAAUGCAAAAAAAUACAAAAACAAACUCCCGUAACCGAGACAAUAACACCUAUCCUCUUAUGGAUGACGUACAUGUAAAUUGCAUGCAUUCCAUAUCUUUUACAUUGAUUUAUUCCUGUCUUUCCAGCUAACGAUGAUGCUAUAAAAGCGUUGGGAAUAGUUCUUGGAAUCACUGCUACUCUUGCGGCAGCAAUUCUCGCAGGGAUCUACCGAAGGAGGCAAAAAAGGGAAGAACGGUAUGCUUUAAUGGCACUGAAAAGUCAAGAGGGUUUACUCAACGCUUGUUUACAAAGUUGGACACUAACACUGACACUCGCGUCAUAUCCGACAAUUUCUUCGAAAAGUAGUCCUCCGAGGAAAUAUAAUAGUUUUUCUCGGACUCGAAAACCGAUUUGUUGUCUUUUUUUUGCGCGGUGUAUUUUCUGAUUGACGAAAGAUCUAAAUACAAAAUCGGGUCAACUUUUCUGUUCACCAUAUGUUUUCGUUAGCAAACCGGGCAGACAAACCGUUACGUAUAAACUGGCCUUUAAAUUAUACAUUACAAUAUGUGCUACAGGCCGUAACCUUAACAGGAAGGUGCAGUGUGUUUCUUUCGUUUGUUUGUUUUUCUGGUUUUCGCUUUUGAUACAGACGACAGGUACGUAGCGUGCUCGGGCUAGAACGAAGACAGACAUGCGCACUGGACCCCCGUUUCAACUCUAAGUCAAAUUGUACUCAAGGAAAUCGAGUAACUUCUAUUGGUCUCCAUAAAAAGGAAUUUUCCGUAAUGUGUCCAAGCAACAGAGGCGACGAAGCCUUUCGAAAAGUGGGGGUGGGGGGGGGGGCAGGUGCUCAUCAAAGGGUCUUUUGUACACGGGUUUCCCUGUUCAAAGAACCCAAUAAAGGCGAAACAGCUGUCCAUGGCUGCCACUGCCCAAAUUUGACCACCGCCUUGUUAGCUCAGUUGGGAGAGCGCCGGUCAGCUGAGCGCGUUGUUCGUUAGCACAGGCAUAUCUCUUUGUAGUCUUCACAGUGAAGAUUGCGAUUUGUGACAAUGCAUCAGCAGGCAUUUGUUUAGGCGGUCCUGAUUUAUGAUACUUUUUAGGUAACAAAUCGUCUAGUGAGGGCACGAAAUGGGCGCUUUGCAGUUGCCGAUGUCACAGGUAAAGUCAAAUACAUCCGUAAUGGCGAUUGCAGACUUUUAUCGGGGGCUAGGGACCACCCUGCUCCUCCGCUUACGCAGUAAGAAAAACCGUUCUUCCUACGCAGUUUCUUCAUAAAUCGAUCAUGUACAAAACACAAUUUUUUACUAAUAUUGGAUGUUUCCUAUUUAGAUCCAAGAAAGAAAUUGUUCAUUUUAUGUUACUGGAAGUGCCGCACGAGCGAGUAACCUUCAUGGAGGAACUUGGUCGAGGGGCUUUUGGCAAGGUUCAUAAAGGUGUGAUGAAGGAGGUAACAAACGCAAAUAUAUAUCCCGAUACCAGUAAAAGAAAUCCAAAUGUACAUUCCAAGAACCGCCUACGAACAUUGAAGGGCAAUAAGGGACGAAUUGUUGCUGUUAAAGUCCUUCUUGGUGAGCUAUUACGCCAUUUUCGAUGAAUGUUUACAAAUCAUGUUCGAUUAGCACGUUGUUAACGUAAAUAAAGUUUGUGUAACUUUAGUAUAGUCGAUCGAAGUUCACUCCCAUGUGGGAUCAAAGCUUUCUCUUCCGACAAUCUGGCGGACUCAUAAAACCUGGUCUCGGUCGUUCUUAUUGAAGGAUUUUCUUCUUCUGUUGCCAAAGAGGCCGUUGAGGAGAGCUUCCGCUGUAUCUUUUGCGUAUUGUUGUUCUCAAGUUAAAAAUCUAUUCAACUGGUGCUCCAUACUAGUCCAAGUGGGGAGGAGCGUCGCGUGACAAAAACUAAACACGGCUGUGUAGCAGACUACAAUCUUGGACAAAAACAUAGGCACGUUAAACGUGCAUGAGCUAUUUUGAAUGCUUCAGUGUAACUUUAAUGCUUCAGUGUAACCUUACCCAGAGUGAUGAAUCUACGUUUUUCGUCCUAAAUGUAGACUGGGUUUUUGUGCGCGAUUGAGCAUUGCCGUAAAUAAAUGAAAAAGCGAAACGCUCAGCUGCGUCGAUCCUCAUGCUACUUUCCUCUGUCUUUCCCUGUUACAUUUGGUGCAAUUUAAACAAAUUGUUAACGUAAAAUAUAUGUCUACUCACCAAACGUUGAUUAGAGGGAAAACUCUAAGGUUUCCUCGGAGUUUCUUAAGCCAAAAUGUAACUCAUCGAAUUCGAGUAGUUACGAAAUACCAGGAUUUUUAUCAUUGUGGUAUAUGGUUGCAUCAUCACAAUUCACGAGGUUUUCACGUGCGAUUCUACUCAGUGAAACAGUGUUUAACUCUGACAACUUAUUUCUUCAUGUUUUAAAAGCUAUUACUUCUUAAAAGACAAGAGCCUUUUUUAAGGCAUUGGUUACAAAACAAAACAGGUCUUCAUACGUUCAAGUCACUAUUAGUAUUGUGAAAAGCCAAUCUGUAUGAGAUGUACAAUCACACAACUGGCACGUGAAAGUGUUGGACUUUGCCCCCUUUCGUGGUUCGUACGUGAGGGAAUUCGAGUUAUCACACAGUAAUCGAGUAAACAGAAUUAUAAAAAUAACUCAUGCACACAAUUUGCACGUGAAGAUGUUGGUCUUUGACCCUUUUACAAUUCGUACUUAAAAACAAACGCAAAUUGUUUACUACAAAAUUUUCUCAAACGAUUUUAAGAAAUCACCUCGGCUUCAUUACAACAGCUGCAAUUAUAUUAUGUUUCAUGCAACGUCAAGGUUGAUAGCCUAACAUUUAUUAACUUCCAAGAAAAUUAUCAAACUGCCAAAAUAUAUUUCUGCUCAUAUCAUGUUACUCCACUCAAUAAAGCAAUAUUUAAUUAUUGUGUCAACUAGCUUCUUCCAAUUUUAUUCCCUAACGCUACUGUUUCUACUUAAGUUUACGCAUCUUUAUAGAAUACGUUUCAAUAACUAUAAUGCUUAGUAUGCAGGAAGGAUGUAUCAUGUUGUUCACUUAUUAUUCCUUUUUGUUGUUGUUUUACCGGAACGAAAAAGGUCUGUUGAACUUUGUGAGCGAGAGAAUAAUAUUUCUACAGCUUGUUUACAGGAUUAACAAUACUCGGUACAGCUUUAAAAAAAUUAAGCUGCUUUUCAAACUUCUAAAACCACAUUUUAUAGGCCGCAUACUUUCGAAUUAAAGUCCAUAUCUAAAUAUCAAUUAUUGCUUCACUGGAAGAGCUUUGAAAAUAUAUGAUCGUUUAUACUCUACCUUGAAGCAGGUGGAACACAACUCAUAAAUACGUGCGUGGUACCGUUCGCGAUAGCCGAAUUCGGUCAGAAAUGUCUUGAAGUAGCAUCCACACUAAAAUAUGAACCCUUAAACAGCUGCAUCACUGUACACAGCGUUUGAAUCAUGAAGAUAUUUAAUGUAAUGUUUCCAAACACCUGUAGCCGUAAUAAAAGACGAACAAAUUGUAAAGAAUCAAGAUGGCGGUCUUAAAGUGCCCUUGUUCGACCUUUAGCAAUGUGAUUUUUAAGUAGAUGCCAAGAUCUCAUUGGUUCCUUAGCAUCAACUCAUAGUACCUUCAACCUUAUUGGCUCUUGCAACAAACAUCCGAACAUACAAAGUUACAAAGAUACAAAGAUACAAAGAUACAAAGAUACAAAGAUACAAAGAUACAAAGAUACAAAGAUACAAAGAUACAAAGAUACAAAGUUACAAAGAUACAAAGCCACAAAGAUACAUACGCUCACACCACUGACAUAUGAGCUAUUUUUUCAAAAUAGCUCAAUAAAAUGGAACAGCAAACCCCCAUCCCCCCCCCAAAAAAAAUCAAGGAUGAAGCCGCGCGAAGGGCAAAAACGCGCCAUUUUCGCAUCCUUGAUUUGGGGGGAGGGGGGGAGGUCUAGGUUUUCCAUUUAUUUUGUGCAAGAUUGUACCUCCAUGCAGGACCGGAGUCUUCCUGUUCCUCUGCGAUACAAGGUCUCUUCUGCCUCAGACUUGAGCUUAAUCAAUAUGCCAUGUCACUUCCUUUGCGUGGGUAAGCAGCUCACAAACCCUCUAGAUAUUGUUUUUCUUGACUGAUUUUAACUGAUAUCCUUUUGUUCAUUAACUCCCGUUUCUAUUUAGAAAAAGCUGGAGAGGAGGAAAAACGACAGUUUCUUCAGGAAAUUGACCUAAUGAAGGACGUUGGAUCGCAUCGAAACAUUCUUACCAUGCUCGGUUUUUGGACUCGGUCAGAGCCCAUCAUGUUGAUCAUGGAGUAUGUUCCUCACGGAGACCUUCUGAAGUGGCUUAGAAACAAAAGGCAGCAAAUAAAGCUUGUUACUGUACGUAUCGAUUUUUUGCCAUUUUCUCACUAAUAAAAAUUUAUAUCAGCUUAUUUGUUGCCCCGUUUCAUUUCCUAUAAAUGUAUAGCCUGGAGCAUUUCUCAAAAUGUAAAGAAAAUUCAAAUUUUUUGAACAUGUCUUCAAUUCCUGUUAACUAAUUAAUUUAUGAAGCAUUGAUAAUACAACCAGAAACAUGACAACGACUCUUUGGGUUAAAAAAUGAUAAAUACCAGGGAGAGUAGACAGUAUAGUGUACCAUGUUGAAAUUUAGGUAUAGGUAUAGGUGUAGGUAUAGGUAUAGGUAAAUCAUUAAUAUUCACAUACGUUUCUGCAUACUAAUUCGGUAUAGGUAAAGUCUCAGCAUUUCACGUACCGUUAGUCAGUUAAUUAUGCGAGUUCGCACGCCCAAAGUUGAAUACAAAUUAGCUCUACAGUAAGAACCCAAGGGAGCACCUUGGCGUGUUUUUAUAAAAACACAAAACAAUUAAUAAAUUAAAAAGGAUCAAUUGAAACACGCGACUAAUAAAUCGCAAUAAAACCAGCCACGUUUCUUAAGACACAACUUUAUGAUCAACUUUAUGAUCCUUUAUUAAAAUAAUUGCAAAAAUAUUAGAUUAAAGAUUCUAUUAAAAUAGUCAAAGAAGGCAAGCUAGCUCUUUUUACACUAGGGAUAAGGAUUUCAAGGAUCAUAAAGUUGAUUUCUUGUGUCUUAAGAAACGCGUCUGGUUUUAUUGCGAUUGAUUAUAUGGUCGCGUGUUUCAAUUGAUCGUUGUUAAGGUAUUAAUUGUUUUGUGUUUUUAUAAAAAUACGUCAAGGUGCUCGCUUGGGUUCUUACUGUAGAGCUAAUUUGUAUUCAACUUUGGGCUUGCGAACUCGCAUAAUUAACUGACUAACCGUACGUGAAACGCUGAGACUUUAGUAGUUUUUCUUUUCCUCGAGAAAGAACGGAGGAAACAGUUUUGUAAUAGUCAGACAGAAUUGAAAUAAAGAGUCUUCAGCUCUACUUUCUGUAUGUGUGUGUAUUUUGUUUAUAUAUCCGAUUUUUAGCGCUAAAUAAAAGACAUAAGCCGUUUCUUGCGUUGCUAGGUGAUCGCUCCUUUUAUUCCUAUUUUUUAGAUAGACCUUCCGGCAAACCGGCCUCAAGUUAAUUACCGGGCCAGUCUAGGCAAGCCUAUUGUGCAUAUAGUAGUAGAAAGACGCUCAUUAGUAAACCUAUACCCAAUUAGUAUGCAGGACGGUAUGUGAAUAUUAAUGAUUUACCUAUACCUACACCGAAUUAGUAUGCAGGAAGGUAUGUGAAUAUUAAUGAUUUGCCUAUACCUAUACAUAUAGGUGGUUUUCAUGCAAUCUCGGGAGACACAAAUAACAAUGGUGAAAUGAACAAAUGCUGGUGGACAAACAAAGCGAGCUAAUGAGCGAUCUUUUGUUUACCGUCCACCAGCAUGGCGGCGAUGACGUAACGUGAAAACCACCUAUACCUAUAUCCGGUUAAGUUUCAACAUAGUAUCCUACUGUAGACACUCGGACGAAAGGGGCGGACGUAUAUGCCCUACUCAAAGGUUUUCCUCUAAUUUGUUUUAACCUGAAUUUUCGGCAAAAUUUAGGGUGACAGCAAAGAUCAUAGCCAUUGUAAAUGAAGCAACUAGCUGCAACGCCAUUUCCCACAACAUUUCUAUCACCUUGCAGAGCUUGUCGCAGUCUAUAAUGAAAGACUUUUGUAUAUUUAAAACACCUAAGAAGAGCCAAAACCACUGCAGUGGAGAAAGAAACACUCUUUUAACUGUAACAAGGGAAAUGUAUGAAUUUGCUUUUACAUUCUAAAUCCAAAGGUUGAUAUCGUUUUCUUGAAAACCGGUAAUUUAUUUGGUCUGAAAUCAGAAAAUAUUAUUUCUAAAGAAAGAAAUGUCUUAAGCUGUAGCUAUGUCGUAUGGUUAUUGGGCUUUCGUCGGUGUAGAAAAUGAUCUUUUGGCUCGGAUAAAAUUGCUUCACCAGUCUAUAUUAUAUAGAAUAUUAAUUUGUAGACCAAAUCAUGUUUGAACUACUUGCAGCUUACAAAGAAGAAUAAUGACCAUACCGAUGUCUUAGAAAGUCAGAAGAAAAACAUGGAUGGUCGAGAGAUAAAAGAAGGAAAGGUCAAAAAUGAAAAACAAGAGGAAAAUGGCUCCAAACAACUGCAAGAACUAGAAAAUCCACACAAAUCCAAGGAAACCGAUGUUGACACCAAGGUUGAGCGCCUACUUGAAAUACUACCUCAGUGUUCAACUUUGGAAAAAGAAGAGACAGCAUCGCUGGGGCAGAGCUCGAGAAAUCUCCCAGAAGUUGCUACAAACCUUGUUAUAGCAGGAGGCGAAGGACCCACUCAUCAGCUCAUGUCCUAUGACGAACCGAGGGGAAGCGAUGGAAUAACCCUGACUAUAGAAACAGAGGAUAGGAACAGCGAUGCUAAUGGAAAGCAAAAGGAAAUAGAAAGUUCGGAAAACGAGAAAAGCAAGUCCAAAGGUGAUGCCAUGAAAGUAUACGUAUCAUCUCCAGAAACCAAACCUGGUAAAGAAGAAAACGAAAAGAGGGUACCGUCAUUACCACCGAUCUUUAAAGACGACCAGUUUCCUGAAUCCCAUAAAAGGGCAACAGUGAAAGCCUCUACAGAGCACGACGAAGGCACUUGUGACAUCGACAAUAAAGAUCACGUUUUUUCUGCAGAUGAUCUGAUGAGUUUUGCGUGGCAGAUUGCUAGGGGAAUGGUAGGUCAAGUCUUUGCUAUGGGAAAGGAAUCAUACGAACAAACACUAACAAUACAUCCGAAAAUAAAGAUUUUGUUUUUUGCCUUAAGUUUCAUAUAUAUUCGACAGCGACUAUAACGUGAAAUAGGGGCACCUCUGAAACUAUUGCACGUAUAGUACAACCUCACAUCAUACGCGUUGCACACAAACCGAUAACCACUUUAGGGACUGGUCAAAAAGUAUAGGGGGGGUGGGCCGGAGCAUUUGGAAAUGUGGUUGUUAAAAAACACAUGACCCACCCCCUCCCUUCGGCACAAAAAUGACUGACCCACCCCUAAAGCAAGGUUGGAAAUUGCAUGACCCACCCCCUAGUUAAAACAUGGAUGUUUGGUUUCCUCUAAGGCCAUCCCCUUUUUUUUCUUCGUUUACCGUCGAACGCGUUUCCUGAUAUUGGGUCGGUCGGUCGGAUUGAAAAAAUAAACUUAAAAAAAAUCACAAGAACUCUCGGAAUAGUAGGCCCUGGUACCCCAGGACGACGUUAAAAGUUAACAUUCACAUAUUUGGAUUAACAAAAUGUACAAUAUACUGUGAAAAAUGUUCAUGUUUUUGUUCCUGUUUUUCUCUAUGCUGUUACUGUGCUCAUUUUUCAGAUUAAAAGAAUUAUUUUAAGUGAAAAAUGGUGUAACUACGUCGUUACUUUUUUUUGUUUUGAAAAUGCCAAAUAUUUGGGUCGGUCGGAUGACGGUAAAAAGAGAAAGAAAAAGAGGAUUGCCUAACCUUGUUCCGUGCUUGACAAAAUUUGUUGAUACACUGCUACAACCAAUAUCAAAAUCACAGAAAUCAUACCUUUCACUGAAAAGACAAAUGUGAAAAACCGAACAUUUCUUGUUUCGAUGGACGUUAUGAGUCUUGACACAAAUAUACAGCAAAACGAGGGUAUAUUGAAAUUGUCUGUCACAAAGCAUAUGAAAAUUUCUACAAAGACAACCCAUUCCUACAAAGAAAAUUUCUUCCACUUCAAUGGAAAGCACUACCUACAAAACCAUGGAACUGUAAUGGGCACAAAGACAGCAGUUUUGAUUCUUUUACAACAACUCUAAGCAAAACUGUCUUUAGAACAACAUGUUGGAAAUGCGACAUACACGAUAUCUUUUCCCUAUGGGACAUAAGUAAACCAGACAUCGAAGCCUUCAUUGAACAAGCAAACUUACAUCACCCAACUAAAUUCACGGCCGAAACAUUUGACACUGAAAUGCAGCGUUUUUAGACACGGUUGUAUACAAAGGCACAAGAUUCAAGAAAAUAUCUAUCCUUGAUGCAAAGACACAUUUUAAACAAACGGAAACCUUCUUGCACACACAUUUCACCUCGUGUCACCCUCCAAGUGUUAAAAAAGGAUUUGUCAAAGGAGAAGCCUUGAGAAUUCUACGAAAAAACUCGUCAGAAACAACCUUUGAGGAAAAAUUUAAAACAAAAAUCGCUUGAUGGACAGAGGCUAUCCACAAACUUUGAUAGAAGACCUACUAUCAAAAAUAAGAUUCACAAAAACGAGUCUAAACUCCUAAAACAAAACAUACAAGGAGGAAAAAGAAAUAUUGCCAUUUGUGACACAAUACCAACCCUCAAUGUCUACUAUAAAGGAAGCUUGAAUAGUAAAAAUGGAAUCUUAUACAAAACCAACCAUAACUUCAAUAAAUUUUUAAGGAACCACCAAUCAUUUCCUUACAAAAAAGGAAAAUCAUUAAAGGACAUGCUCGUUAGAGCCAAAAAAAAAAGUUACGCCCGUAUAGAUGCAUGUGCGGCCUGUCACCUGUUGCAUUUUCUCGCACAACAGGUUUGUGAGUAUUUUAGCAAUAAUUCCAGCUGGCUGUGUUUUAUAUAACAAGUGUGGUCAACUGUCUCGUUAGUAGUUAGUGCCUAUCUAUGUAAUAAAAUAGGCUGACCCACCCCCUAAGGGUAGCUGAAAAUUGCACGACCCACCCCUUCGACAAGGCUCAAAACCUCAUGACCCACCCCCUCUCUGCUCCGGCCCACCCCCGCCUAUACUUUUUGACCAGUCCCUUACGACGACGAAUUACCAACGUCAAAGACAAAAGAAAAACUGGAGGACAGACAGGGAGCAGUUUACAAGAUAAAAAGCUACAACUGCCAUGCUACUUACAUUGGUAAGACCGACAGAAACCUUAGCACGCGACCGACUGAACACAAACGAGCCACAAGAAAUGGUUAUGUCAACCAUCACAUUGCUAAACACCAUUUACAGACGAAACAUCAAAUCAGCUUGUAUUACGUAAUCUACAUACUACUAUCAACGACUCAUUUUAGAACGCUGGUUUACAAACUUAGAGCAAAUCUCACUGAAUCGUAAUCAGCAGUUACCGGCACCAUACAAGUUACAAGAGAAUGACUGCACGACCGGCAAUUCGACUAACAAUAAACGAAUUAAUGUUAAACUCUGACAAUAGACGGAUCGAAACGCACCAUAGUCUUCACAGAAUCUUCAUAGCCAAUGGCAUUACGGCUUAAUUGGCAAACUACCAAUAACAUCGCGACUUAAUUGACCAAACAGGCCAAUAAUCUGAACAGACGUAAUCCAACUCACUUUAACUCUGAAGAUGACUCCCGCACAGGUUGUCGAAACGUCAGUCACUGUCAAAAACAGUCCUUUUCAAGGCUUCGUUCACCCGAACGAUCAAGGUAGAAACUACUUUUGAAAUGACAUCCUGAGUUCACACCUUUCACAGCUAAAAUAAUCUGUUGCCCACAAAAAGGGGUUAAAAACUACUCAAAAAAUGGCCUUACCUUGUUAUGUUUUGUCAGAACUGGUAACAAUGGUAACAGGCAAAAUCUGUCUAAGAAGUAAAUAAACAGCUACAGUGAAGAAAUGGCUUCAGGCAAAGCGCUAACAAGUAGCUAGAAAACACUAAGUUUUUCAUCAAACUUCCUCUAGGAAUACUUGGCCAGUAAAGGAUUUGUUCAUCGUGAUCUGGCAGCACGUAACAUCUUACUUGGUGAAAACAAAGCGGUGAAGAUUUCUGAUUUUGGUAUGCUACGCCGCACAGGUGAAAGUGAGAUAUACAAGGUGGCAACCGUUAAGGAACUACCCAUAAAAUGGACAGCACCCGAUUCAUUGCAGACUGGAAUUUUUACUUCCAAGAGUGAUGUGUAAGUUAAAAUUAAAUUUUGCAAGGUUUGUUAGGCCUGUUAUCACCUACAACACAGGUAUAAGAAAGAGCCACAUACCAAGACAGAGAAACCUACUACUGGGUCAUUUCCUUCCUAUGCGUUGUUCACCAUAGGCAGCUUUUAGACAUUUUCCUUAAUAAAAGCUCUUCUAAUAGAUGUUCUAAAACAUUAAUGGCUAACACGUACCAUUAUCACUUAUCAUCCCUUUCUUUUAAAAGGCAGGGGUCUGGGUUCCAAUUUACUCUAACCAAAAGAAGAUUGCAUACGUCCUAGCUGACGAUUUUAGAGCCUGUGUUUAAACCCUUUGUUCCCAGUUACACAAUAGGCCACUUGCACGAUGGCGUCAUUUUACAACUACUACCAGAAUCCUUCAGGGCUUUGCUUUCUUGUGCAAAUUAUGGCUAUUUGUUUUUUACACUUCAUUGGUUUUACCAAAUUUAAAUACCAAAGAAAAAACGAAAUGAAUUCUCGUCUUAGAAGUAAAAAGACGUCACUGUGCAAAUGGCUUAUAUACUGUAUUUCUCCCCGUCCUCCCAUGACUACCAUGUAAGGGGCCACCUUCCACUGAGUAAAACUCUGUGUCAUUGCAUGCUUCGCUAAGAACCUCGUGAUGAAUAGAAUCACAGCAAGUAGUCAGCAGGCUGUUGAUUUGUCCAUACCACGAUACCCCUCUAAACUGUUAGCAUGCAAUGAAACUAUUGACCUUUCCGGUUACAUUUGGAAAAAAGCAAUUAUUGAUCUAAGGAUUCGCAGGCAAUCAAAAGUAAUUUCUCUCUUCCUCUCAUCCGAAUUUUUUUCAUUAUAAUUUUUAAUAUGUUUCACCGAUUAUUUGUUUUCAUCAUACUGUGCCUUGUUCCUUAGAUGGUCCUUCGGAGUUGUUUUGUGGGAAAUGGCUACCAUGGGUAAGAUAUAUUAAAUGCUUUGACUGAUGUUAGAGUUUAACGAUUGUCCAUUGCAUUUCUUUGCUUGUUUUAUUAACAACAUAAUUUUGUACCCAGAUCUCCCGUCGACGUGGCCGAAGGAGAGAUCUGGUCAAAUCCGUACGCUGCGUGCUCGCCGGUCAGGCGCACUGAUUUAUAACAAAGUCCAGAUAAAACGCGCACUCUGCUUGGUUGCAAAUGCAUUACUUUAUGAGAGUAUAAAACACACAGCUAAAGGUGUCGCAUCAUCUGCCGAAAGUUUGUGCAUGGGGAAUUUAACGGAUUUUUUACCAUGAAACAAAUAAAGAAGCCUUGACACUGUGCUCUGUUUUGUUUAAAAGCACGCAGGAAACGGCAAGAGAACGCAAGUAGGGAGAAACACUCUACUAGGUCUCGGUUUCCCCAACUAUUCUUUCGUGCUCUAGCUACUUCCGGCGUGCUUUACAACAGAACAGAGUAUAGUCAAAGCUUUUAUAUUUUUAACUGUGUUUUUACUUGACCUGAUCUCGUACUCGGCUUCGUCGACGAGAGAUCUGUGUACAAGAUCACUAUCAACGUUGUGAGUCAAUGGUCACGCGCCACAAUAACUAACAGUUCUUGACAGACGUAAUGUUAGCUUAAAAGUUCUCUAAACCUUCCCCACUGAUAUUUAAAUUGAACAUUUUAGGGGGAACUCCUUAUCCCGGAAUCAACCAUGCCCAGUUGUACAAUCUCCUUAAGAAGGGGUAUCGCAUGGAACAACCAAACACUUGCAGUGAUGAAAUGUAAGUAAACUUAUUGUAAAUGACUCGCAAUUAAUACUUGUACCAAACAAGAAACAUAAUUUAAUAACAUCUUUUAAAAACAACAUCGUUACGCUAUAGGCAUGAUCAUCUUUUAAACGUUCAUAACAAAGCCGCGUUCUCGACUACUUCUUUCACUUCAUCGGUAAAACGCCAGGGGUAUAGUACAAUAUACUUCGAUUGACUUUAUCAUGACAAUCACGACUCUCUGGCAGGUACUCAUGCGACUUGAUUGCGACAAAAAAAUCAGUGCAACUGGCGAAUAUAACGCCAACGCAAGUAGAUCGGAGGCAGAAAAGAACCAGGCUCAACUCAUUCACGUUUCUUUGACGUCAUGAACGUUAAGAACUACCCGCUAUUAUUUUCCUCUUUAAAACCGGUAAUUCCAUCUCUGCUAUACUACUCACAAGGGAAAUUUCGUUUUGCUGAAGUAAAAACCAAAUCUUAGGUAAUCUCUCUCGGCAAAACAACGUAUUGUAAAUACCUUGAACCCAUUAUUCGUCUCGUAACCAGGUGAAAUGUGAUCAUUCAGGUAAGUGUCUUAUGGAAAAGAUUGUUGUUAACAGUGAUUGCCUAUUCGAGAACAGUGAUCAUCAGAGUUCAAAGUGAGUUGCGUGUCGUAGCUUGACGACAAUUUUGGCUAGCGUCAUAAUUGGGUAACUUGAACAGAGCAUAAUCCAGAAUAUUUUUUUCUCGACAGAUACAAGUUAAUGCUGGACUGCUGGAGGGAUGACCCGAAUGAACGACCCUCAUUCACCGAAAUGAUACCAACCCUUGAAAAAAUGAUGACAGCUGAUACCCCAUAUUAUGAUUUUACACUGUUAGAUGAGAGCCAGGAAUGUUACAAUGAUCAAUGCCCCAGCACUAGCGAAACUGUGGACACUCGCUUGUGAUGACUCCAAAGUGAGUCGACCUGACUUGUCACUCUGUUAACGUAGGGCUAGUGUGCAGAUUACUCAGUCUAGAGUUAAUUAGGAAUAAAGGACACUUUUUUUAGUUAAAUGUACCUAAGCUUCUGACAUUAUGGCUGCUGUUUAGGGGCGUAGACUGUAGUGACGAUCAAGUUAACGUUAACAGGUGCUUCAGUUCAAUAUUAUAUAGUUUUAUCCAAGCCUAAAAGCGAAGCUUCCGUCUGUAUACUGAUAACAAAGGCAACAAACUUAAAGCCAUUAUUAUAUUAAUUAAAUAACCAACUUUAGUCCCCUCCUUAGGAGGGAGGGGUUAAGAGAUUUAAGAAAAAACAUCCUUUAACAUAUGUAAUUGUAAAUCAAGUUCGACCAUUGUAGUAGGUCUGGAAAUGAAUUCUUCCCAAACUACACCACAGAGAGUCUGAGAACUCCCACCGCCACGCCAGGAGCGGGGAAGAGGAGCAAAGGAUAAUUUCUACAUGAGCAUCAAUUUUUUAUAUCCUCAUGUCAUGAAAGAAAGUUCCACUCAAGUCUAAGAUAUUCACAAAGACCUUACUUUUAGUACUACACUUAGCCGGUGAAUUCUGAUUUAGAUAACCAGUAUGUGUUGAUGCUUUUGUAAUAAUGUCACUCGACUGUUACCAAGGAGACCAUGUGUAAUGAGUGUGCGUGGCCCUAAAAUAGUGAACUUACGCAACAGGACGGGAGAGGAAAGAAGACGGCAAACCUUGUAUUGACAAACAUGACCAUAAUAUUAUUGUUUCAAAAAACUUUCCGCCAAACUUCACCUUGCUUUAAACAAAUCUUUUUGUAAAAGACCAGAAAUCAUUAAUGUUUUAAAAGUGAAGAUCAAAACAAAACAUGCAAGUAAUAGCCCUGUCACGUUUGUCACACACAAACGUUUUGCCGUACUCUUCUUUCAACAGUCCCGUUGCGUAAACUCACUGCUGUUGGAAGAGCUGUGCAAACGGAUCUAACAUUGUUGCGCUACGUUUCGGCGAUCACGGAACAAAAGAAAUGUUGGGAGUUGUUGGCUCAAAAGUUUGACCGAUUUGAAACUUUGUGCAACAACUCCCAACAACAUGCAACAGGGUGUGCAAACGGACGCAACAUGUAACAUCCAACUAUGUUGCUACCGUUUGCACAGGGCUUUAGAAUAAAUUGCGAAGGAUUUUUUUUUCGGAAGAACAUCAUUUAAAAGAGAGGUUUCCUUCCAAUAGGUAAUAACUAGCAAUUUUGCAUCGAGUUCAGUUUUACUUGCAUGGCUGCGUCUAUAUAAGAGACACAGGUGGCCAUAGAUUUGUGUUAAGAGCUGUUCUUUUUAAUAGCAAAAACGUACCGGUUUAGGACAUUUUGAUUGUUUUCCUUCAUCAGCUUCUGAGUGCUCGUUCUUGUGCACAUUACAAUGAGCCGCACAAGCAUACCUGCAAAAUAUGAGAACGACGAAAAAUAUGGUCUGUAAGCCCGUCACUGCAAUUUCACUAAAUCACCCAAAGGCUACACAAAUGUCUGACAAAAUUGAAAGUUUUCAGGUGAUGUGAUUGCCAUAAUUUGGAAGGGGUACAGAUCAAAAACUAAUAUUUCCAAGGGAUUUAGUGAAAGUAUAAACAUUAACAAUUUUACUUAUGAGGGGAGUAAUCCCAGGAAUGAUUCUCUAAAAGGCUCAGGAAAAAACACCCCAUCAAUAGUGGGAAGAGGAGGGGGUGGAUGUUAAGUGAAAUGGCCCAUUAUCAUCUGAUACUAAAAUUAACUGUACUAUCACUAAUGAGGCAGCAUUUGUUUCCUAUAAGUACAGGCCUAUUAUUAACAGUGAAUGGCUCAGUCAUUUUUCGUAAUUAUUCUACAGUUUGUCAACAUUAUCUGACUACAAAGACUGCAUGUUGUGUAUUGCAUUCACAGCAAAACUAGUGCUAUACAUGUAAUUUAGAGACAGAUAAUACCGUAAAUUCUCUGUUAAGCCCCCCUCUUAAAUAAGACCUGCCUUUUCAGGGGAAGAAAGUAAUAAGCCCCCUCUCUUUUUCUUUUUUAAGCCCCCCUCCCUUCCUUCCUCCUAUCAUUCUUCACUAAUAAAUGAUAUACUGUAUUAAGCAAUCAUAACAGUAACACUUCGAAUGGACUGAUCCAGGAUGGUUUAUUCACUUGUGGAAGUUCAGAUUAGAUUUUGAUCCUCGGCUGCAUGAUCUCCAAUCGUACUUGUGGAAUGAGCUUCUACACUUGGCAUUCUAGUUUUUUAUGGGGAACUGAUAUUAUCAUCUUUGCUAAAAUAAAUAUCCCCCCUUCUCAAAUAAGCCCCCUGUCUCUAUUAAUCUCCUCCCUCAAAUGUGCUUGAAAUAAAUAAGCCUACCCCCACUUCUGGGGGCUUAAUAGAGGAUUUUUUGUAGUAGACAGAUAAUGGCUCCAUCUAGUUAACUUAACCAACCUAGCUAUAAAUAGAUAUUUUUAAGAAGUUCAUGUUAAACAUGAUAGUGUGCUUUGCUGAAAAAAGCAGGAUGUUAAAGACUAUUAUAUUGUUAUCACAUUGAUUCAUGAUUAAAUAGAAAGAUUAUCAACAUGUCUUUUUACUUUUUCCAUGUACAAAACAGUUAUUAACAGUAAUUAACAACAAAGUCAAAAGCAACCUGUACAGUACACCUGCAUUAUAUUAUAAAUUUUAUCAACAGAUGAAUUAUGAGUUGAUCUCUCUGACUGAAUUAAAUCCAAAAAAUAAUAAGGCCUGCAUCUGUGCUGAAUGUAUGUUUUCUUUUGUAAUCAUGUCCGUGAAUAAAGGCCAGGGGUGGAGAAUGGCCCCUACUGCUCACCAAAUCUCCCAUUCAUGAAAUUAAGGCAAGGGGCGUCUAUUAAAUUCCUCAAAAACAGGGAGCGGUCUAAUUUCUUAAGCUUUCAACAUAAAGCAGAAUAAAUUAACAAAAGAUUUCCUAGGUAUAAGUUCAAUACAUGCUACGAAAAGGGCCUUACCCUGAAUGAGCACCCAACCCCAAGGCAAUAAUAUCAAACAAGCACCCCUCUCAAAUAAGUGUUAAGAUGAAUGUGACAAUCUGCAUUUAAAAGUUUGACGAGGAUGAUAAUAAGAGAAUGAUGAGACUAAGAUAUUCCACAUUUUUUAAACUUGUCUACCAAAACAUCUGUGUGUGAAGUGUGUAAAGAGGCUAGGAUACACUUAUUACUAACCACAGUUUUAUCAAACCAAAAACGUCAAUAUUGACUUAAACCUGGAUGAUCUGUUCAGCGGUGUAUGACAUUUGCAGACUGCAGACUGCAGACUGCAGACAGCAGACUGCAGACCGCAGACUGCAGACUGCAGACCACAGUCUGCAGAAUGCAAAUUAAAAGACACCAAAAAUCUUCCCAAUAAAGGUGACACCAUCAAAAGUGUAACAUCGUGUGAAGUGAGAAAGUAGCCUGGGAACAAGGUUGAUAUUUUUGCACAAAGUUACAUUGGCCUCAUUUCCAAGAUGCUGUUGGCUAUUCUUCACCGACGCGACUCUUUAUUGACUCAUCCGGCAUAUCACUAAUUGCGUUGAUUCUUUAUUCUUCUUUGAUUAUUGUGAAUUGAUAAUGACAUGUAGCAAUGCCCACUAAUGCCUGUCUAAAUAGUAGUCUUCUGUAAAAAAGAUUGCGAGCACUUCGUGCUCACUACAGUUACGUCAACAAAAACAACUAGGAUAGAUCACGGACAUUUAACACCUUUUAAAUGACGUAUUUCAUCUUAUUUAAGGAUAUGCUAAAUAAUCUAAACCGAACUGAUCCUACCUGGACUUGACGAAUUACCGGAAGUGCAUUUUGAAUUUCUAAAGAGACAAAUCGACAAUGGCUUUUUUAACAGGCCAAUCAUUACUCAUACUCAAAUCCUAGUACACAGGUGGGGCUCCCGCAGAAUAAGGAUUCCGGCGCUGUUUCACAGACAGACUUAAAUAACCAGAGUUUAGUUUCGUCUGUGGUGCAGGCUAAAUUGAUAGCUUGUUGCUAUAGAUUCAAGAGCGAGUUUGUGACAUCGGCAGACAUUAUUCUGCUCUAAUUCAAUACAAGAAGAACAGCCAACAACUUAAAGAGGAAUGAGGUUGGUGUAAUUUGCGUGAAAAAUAUAAACUUCGCUUCUAGGCCUUACAUGUACUUCUCGGAACAAGGUAAUGCUGGGGAUGAUGCCACCUUUAUUACGAUAUUUUUGGUUUCAUUCAAUUUACAGUCUUGCUGCCUCAUGACUGCAGUCUGCAGUCUGCGGUCUGCAGUCUGCAGUCUGCAGUCUGCAAUCUGCGGUCUGCAAUCUGAGGUCUGCAGUCUGCAGUCUGCAGUCUGCAGUCUGCAGUCUGCAGUCUGCAGUCUGCGGUCUGCAGUCCGCAGUCUGCAAAUGUCAUACACCGGUAGCUUAUCGGGCCCAAGAAAGUUACCUUUUGACGCAUUUUCACUCACAAAUGACGUUGGUUUUCAAAAAAUAGGCUAGCUAUACGCGUGCAGCAUGUUAGACCAUUUUACAGUUACGAGCUUUAUAGUACCCUUUGAUACAUUAAACCUCUUUCCUUUCCUUACGAAAAUCAUGCUAAUAAAUACUAGUUAGCAUAAGAGCAACAUGAUUUACAUAAUAAAGCAGGAAGGGUUGCGUCAAAACAAGGCCAACUCUAGCCUCGUUUGCACCCGUUACUGUGAAAUGGACUUUUUCAGACUAUUUCACACAGUUUAAUGAUAUCAAAAGAGUCGAAACAUAUACGCAUAAAUGAUCAAUGUCUGGGGCUGUACGGAAAUUUUACCGUUAAUUAUAUUCUUAAAUAUAAGGUUGAAUUAUAACGUUUGGUUUACUUACCAACGCGUCGACCCAACAACUGUAUUGAGGGAAAAAAUUGUGCUUCUAGAGAGUCGAUUUAAUAAGUUCCACCAUGCCUGUGUUCUGUUCAGAGGAAAAUAUCCAGUGGUAAAAAAAACUAAACGGAUCCAGGCGUUGAUAAAAACCCCUAGAUGCGUUCUUUUGGUGUGCUAGCACGUGGUACUUUCCCCAAAAACUGUUAUCAUGAACGUUCAAGCUACAGAUUUGCCGCCAUACUGGUUUCUUGGACUUUUUUCUUGACCCCAGGCUUCACUCAAUCACAAUUUCGCUGACGGGGAAGGCGUGGUGAAGAGCAAUACUUAUCAAGACGCUCUUUGAGCUUUUGAGCGUGGGCUCGGGCUACCUUUGUAAGCGCGCUUUCCAUUUGUCAGCACCUUUCCCUUUUAAUCAAAACUCUCCAGCCAGAUCAGACAAAUCUUAAACAGUAUGCACUAAAGAGAUGGUUUUUCAGCAAAAACUCUCGAAAACUGACUGGUCGGGCAAUGGUCCGGCCGCGGCCAGUUCUGACAAAUAGAAAGCGCCCUAAGAUACAAUGUUUUUGGAGAAAACAAAUUAAUUUAGUUGUACUACUUUAUAGGGUCAAAUGAUCAUGAUUUACAGCACAGGCAUACAGCCAUCGCGUUUGCACGUUGGAAUUGUUUGUUGUUUUUAAUAUAAAGUUAAAAAAAUACAAUUUUAAUAUAAAAAAUAAGAAAAUAUAUCGGCGGCAAGUAACAGAAGAAUAUACAGAAAAGAAUCUAGAUAUGACAAAACCUAAGUGAGUGAUAUUUAAACCUAAUUAAAACGAGUGAUAUUUCGAAAUUGUUAUACGUAAUUUCACGAGCUGUUUGACGAGUGAAAUUUGAGACAAUUUUGAAAUAUCACGACUGGGAUUUAUACCAAAUAUUACUACAAAUCAUGCAUUUACCUAUACGAAUUUUCUAUAUGGGUAUAAAAUUUCGCGCGGCUUUUAAUUUCGUAAUUUUUUUACAAUCGCGAAAAACGCGAAAUUAAAGGAAAAACGUAAAGGAUUCUGGUCGUAGUAGUAAAAUGACGCCAUCGUGCGAAUGGCCUGUUAUGCUAUUAUUUGUUUAUACUACUACCCGCGAAGGGUUUGUCAUUUUCACAUGUAGGUAUUUCAAAUUAAGCUGAAAUACCACUGCUCUAAGCCUAACUAAUUGCGGAAAUUUCUCACGUAGUAGCAUAAAAAUAACAAUUGACAUGUAAUAGCAACGAGACGUAUCGACAAGUACAAAUUGCCUUCUUUUUGCGGCAUAUGUCUAUUUUCAUUGUUUGGAUAUAAAGGGCAGUAGGCAGGAAUUUCUUGAAAAAGUAAGUUUAUUAGACUGGUAAAACUGAAAAGUGCGUCCAAGAAUUAAAGUUUAAGAGGAUUUUGAAACUGAUGUCAAUUAUCAGUAUUUGUUAAGUUGAUAUCUUUUUAAUGCAAUACUGGCUCUAACAGUCUUACUGUCAUUAGUAGUUUUUAUUCCAUGUCAUUGCUGCCAGUCGAUUAACAACAAUGUUCAUUACUUUCCCUAAAAGGAAAAAAAUCUGCUGUCUUACAAUGAAUUCAAAACAAGGUUCAUAUUUGUAGCUGUCAGGAUUAAAUAAUAUGCUAAUAUUUAGUUAUUACUAUUUUUGUUUCGUUUGGUGUUGUUUUUUAAUUGAACUGCAAAUAAUGGAUUUGCACGAGUUAUAAAAUCAUGAUACUAUUUUUAGAUUAAAAUGACCACCAGUGACUCGAUAAACUUUUCAAAUUCAGUGUUUUUUAGUGAUGCGGCAUUUUAUCAUUGUUAAUGGUUAUUUGCCCUUUUCCGAGCUUAAGACACCUAUUACAGAACCAAAAACUUCAAAAUUUAGAUGUUAUGCUAUCCAAAGCUCUUUUACUGACAUAAUUAACGGACAUAUGGAGGACCAUGAUGACGGUGAAAAUUGUUACAAGAAGGCACAGUGAUGGCAACCCACGUCAGUUUAAUCACCCUCAGUGUACUCCAGCUGUUGGCAGCUUCCUUGAGAACUUUUUUUCUCUUUCUACUAGCCUCGUCAGCCAAAGGAAAGAAGAACUGGCUCAGGAUCAGAAUAUACCCACUGCCAUCUUUGAGGUAUUUAGAAACUAAAACAUUACGUCAUCUUCUGUCUGUAUACUAAACUGUAUUGUGCUUAUUUUUAACCCUUUAGCUAUAUUUGAAAAGAAUUACAUAACGCAGCCUCGAGUAUAAAAUGUUUGCCUGCCUCUAUUUACCAAAGGCAACUUAAAUAGGAAAAAACUCCAAAACCUUGAGCAGAUUGCAUUGUAACAAAGUUAAAGUUAAAUAAAGCAAUAAAUUACUCUUCAGUUUUAAGCCAGAAUUUCCAAAUGAAGCAUGUAAGUCAUUUGAAGCCAAAUACCUAACUGGAAUAAGCCAGCAGGACUACGUAAUACCAAUGUGAAGAAAAAAAUAAGGCCAACAUAAAUACGGGACGGCAAACAUGGUCGUGGGUGUUUCUGGUAGCUCGGAGAUACACGUUUAUCGACUCAGAACUGGAAGAUCUAAGUCCUUCAAUGUGAUUCUUUUUCACUUUUUUACUGACUCUUUUCAUCCUUUUGUCUACCUCCCUGUUUGUGUCUUUGUUUCUGUUACAGUAGAAGCCCUUUAAUCCAAGGGGCAAGGGAUAGAUCGUUGGUAAACAGAAAGGCUACGAGAUACUAAUUUUAGCAGUUAACCACCAGUGGCUCGAUAAACAGUCCGAACGCAGUUUUCUUUUUUUUAAGUUAUGCAUUUUAUAAUUGAUCAUUAGGUUUUUUUUGCCCUUGAUAUAAUCGUAAGUUUUUUAACGUUUAAAAAGGUAAACGUUUUAUGUUUGGUCUUGCAAAACUACUGCAUUAGCCAGGGUUGAGAUUUCCAUUCCGACCCCCUUUUUAAAAAGUGCCUUAGAGUAGUUAUUAGGGACUGAGUCAAAAGACUUCACAUUUAAAUGUUAUCCAUCCAUCCAUCCAAACCCCUUGUACAUCAUCAACUGACAUAUAUUGGCAGAUCUUGAUGAUAUCCAUAGGGUGAAAACUGUUAAAAAGAAGGCAGGUACUGACAACAAUAGCAACCCAAGUUAAUUUGCUCAACGUCAGUCUGCUACAGCUGUUAACAGCUUUUUAAAGAACCAGCGUUUUUUCCUCCCUAUUUUCAAGCCUCGCCUGCUAAAACAAAAAACAUUGACUUGGGAUCGGAAUAACCACUGUCAUCUUUAAGGUAUUUUGCAGCUAAAACUUUAAAUCUUCUUUAUUAUAAAUGAAAGGAUAGUUUUAACUCUAAAUUGGUACUUAGGAACAAAGCAAAGUACAUAAUAUAGCCUCAAAUAUUUUUUAUAUAUUUGUGUCCUAAUUUGUAAAUACACCAAACUGCAAUUCUUUAUGGCCAGUAAAUAAAACGUACAUUGUGAGAAAGUUUAGCAAAGCCCUGACUUAUUGUUUUCAAGCCAGUGGUUUUAAAAGAAGUGGGAAAUUCCGGCAUUUAUCUCAAGGCACUGUCCAAUAAGGUCGGCAUAUACACGGCAUACAUGAUCGUUGUUUUUGUAGCCUGUGCCAGGCUCUCCGAGUAUUUGAGACGUCGCGAAAAUAAGACGUGCAUGGAACCUUUGCCAACGCUCAUUUUUUGCAUCGGUCAUGCAGUCAUGAUCUUUGCACAUUACUAUAAGCGUUUGGAGCCUGGAGCAGGCUAUAGUUGUUCUGGUAGCUCCAGAAGAAACGUACGUUUCAUCGAUUCUGAGACCUGAAACACCUGCCUGUCUAUGAUUGAGAUAUUUUUUUCUUGCCACUGUAUGAAAUCACAAAAGAGAAGACAUUGAUAUGUAAGAAAAUUACUGUUGUAAGUAAUAUUGUUUCUUCCUUUUUCUGCCAGCGUCUUUGUUCUUUGUUUCUGAUACAGUGGAACAUCGACUCUUCGUAAACUUUUUGUCCAAGACAGUCUUGGAUUCUGAAUUCCACGCUGUGGAUUUCAGAUUCCGAAUACCUGUGGAAGAUUCCGGAUUCUUUGUCAGAGGAACUUGGAUUCCCGGUUUAAAAUUGUUGGCGAAAGUUUGGAUUCCUUGGGCUGGAUUGCACAUGCUGUUAAAGCCCAGGAUUUUGGAUUCCACCAUAAAAAAUGUCCCGUAUUCCGGAAUCCGCAUUCCCUUGCAAAUGGCGAGAUCCUCAUUUAUUCUAAUUUUGUCACCAGCACGAAUUUUUCUUUGUUCCCCUACUGAUAAGUUAAUGUUCAAAACUGAUUGAUUAAAAUCAACAUAGUAGCCACGACGCCACUAAAAAACCUAGAGAAUGGCUUUGUUUUCAAAGUUAGUUCAUUGGUCAGCUGGGUGCUAAGAGAGCCCAAAAUGGAAAUAUCCUAGAAGGCAAUGAGUUGGAACGUAUGUUGUGACUCGGGGUGUAUUUUUCCCAUCUCGUGACAUGAUGAUUUUUUCAUUUCAACAGGAAAAUAAAUGGAGUUUCAUUCUGUUCUGUUGUUGAUACUAUGCAACAGUAUGGCUCAAGGAAAUUCAGGUAGCUUUGCCUAUCUUUUUCUUUUUUGGCAAUCAAUGUUUUAAGUAGAACAAGCAUUGCUGCCAAAGUGUAUGUGCCCGAGACAAUGCGUAACAAAUCUGGAUAGGAUCCAUCAGCCACGAGGCAGACUCAUGAAAGUCAUACCAACCGAUCUCAAAACUUCAUUUCAUAUUCAUAUCAUUUAUUGGUUUAUUCAGAUAUUUACAAUUUUAUUUUCUCACUGUCCACAAAUAGCAAAGGUUAGUCUAGGUGGGCAGUGUCUAUGUAAAAGAAAAUACGCACUCCGCGGAGUUUAAAUUUGACGUUUGAGUCAUUAUCAAAUUUUCACUCAAAAUUUCACUACUAGUACAGUGUGGAGCUCAACAACACACGUCUGCACAGUACCAGAACAUGCGCAGAUUCUACAAAACUUACAAAAUGAUCAAAUUUUUACGAUUUACUGCUUUUUUUUUUUUAAAGGCCAUGCUAAAGUUUCCUUUUUUUUCCGUAUAGCGACUGACCAUUUUGGCCAGUGGGGUAACGCGACCUGAAAAUUCUUUGCAAAGAAUUGAAGAACUUUACUCAAAACUUUGUCUUUAAGACAAAAUCCUUAAAAGAGUAGCAUCGACUCUCUUCUUGCAUGCUUGCCCAAGAACUAAAAUAAUCGACAAAAAAAAGGAUUUGUUAAAAUUUAUCUGAAAUAAAAAGAUGGGGUCAGCGUACUUGUUUUCGUCCUGUUUACCCGUAAUUCUGAGUAUUUUUUACUAGUUGCGCGUGAAAUAUUCGAAACUUAAACAACUGUCAAAAAUUCUUAUCAUAUAGCAAAAACCAGGAAUCUUACUAACAACCUAAAAUAGCUUUGUUUCUAUGGGCUUUAAAUUUUUAGCAAAUUGGCUUCAAAUUACCCGAUCUUGGAAAAAUGAAGAGAAAUGGACAGUUUUAACAUUAUCAAGAGAGGAUAAAGGGGACAGAGAAGGCAUCCCCCAUACACACCCUAAUCCGUAGGUAAUUCGUCUCGAGAUAUUUUUAGAAUCGGGUAGGAGCCGAUUAGUGAAUCGGGAUAAAGUUACCUCGCGCGCUGCGUGGAUGUUUCGUGGAGGUUUCGCAUAACUAAACGUCGUGCAAAAUAUGUCGGGCGAAAGUCAAUGAACGCGUAAAGAGAUCGACAGCAUUCCUGAAUAUUGAAGCGAAAUCAAUCGGCGCUCACCUGGGAAAAGGGAAUCGCUGGACUCUUUGACAACCCUUGAAAUCAGUUUAACUCAAAGUUGUCGUAACCUCAGUGCUUUAAUAAAAUAAGAAACUUCGCCGGUCUAUUGAAACCGGUCGUUUGUACAAUCAAGCAAGUAGGACUCCAAGUGUUAUUUUUGUUGAAUAAUAAAAGACUGAUAAAAGAAUACAUAUCAAACCAGAAAUUGCUUUCUUCAAACUGUAAAUUAUAAAUGAUCCUGAGAGAAUAUUCAGUGUGUUAAGGAUUUCCCUGCUGUACUGUUAGCUCUAUACAAGAGAGGAAGGGCGAUUCUUUUUUUAAUUUCCGUUUCGCUGACACAGUUUUAGCAGAAAUCUCUCCUUAGUCAUUUUCGUCGACAAAACGAAUAGCAAAAGCAAUAUCGCUCUCCGCCAUUUUGCUCUGCGUCAAUUCGUGAAGGACGCGUGGCUCUGAGCGUGGGUCAUCCACGCGGAACACAUUCGCUCUAUGCGAUUGGCUUUUGUCUAAUCCCCCUUGGGAUCUGUGGUCUUAAAAAUAACUCGAGACGAAUUACCUAUGGAAGAGGGUGUGUAUGGGCGAAGCCUUCUCUGUCUCCUUUAUCCUCUGUUGACAUUAUGUAAUACUUCUCUAUGGCUCUAAAUUCGGAAGUUCACGUCAUUCAUAUCGAAAAAUUUACAUCUUCUACUAUCCAGAUUUUUUUCUUCUUUAGAUAUAUUUUUUGUGUAGCCAUAACGAGUAAAAAACACAAAUAAAAAGUGGUGCACUGUUCUUGUUUCAUCUCGAAAAGACAACAAAGGGCAAUUUCAAAUGAGCAUUUUGCUCGAAGAGACUGGGGAGACUCUCAAACACCUUUUUAGCUCGGUAGAGCAGUCAAAAUCGCUAUUAAAAGCAUUUGGACUUCAAAAGGGGCCUUCGUUACCUCUUUUAGUGACUGGUGAAAAUCACCGACACCUUUGAAGUCGCAAUGCUAUGCGCAGUAGGCGAUGAGCAGUGCAAAACAAGGGAAUUACCUUAACUAUGUGCUUUCUUCGGCUAUACAUUUCACCAUAACAGCUGAACAGAUUUUAUCCUUUACUGUAUCCUGCUAUCUGCAGGCCAGUCCUAACUAUUUCUUGUAAUUUCUUUACGAACUCAAAUAAAAAGUUGAAAGUGAAUCCUGGAAAGGUCCUUCGAUAUCUCGGUGAAUUUUCUCGGUGUCGUAUUGUUAACCGAAUUGGCCUAAACCAGAAACCCAUAAGGAACUUAAUGGAUACCCGUGAUAAAAUUCAAUACAUGGACCGUUUCCCACUAUUCAUUUAACGCAACGCCGAGAGGCUGCCAUAGUUACAACAUAUCACCUCGUCUGGAACAAGAGCUGAGGCGAUUGGCAAGAAUUAAGACUGAGCAAACCCAUAAUUUGAUUGCAGGAUGCGGUUCUGUGAUUAAUCAGACACUGACAAGUCCAGGAUAUCCAAACAACUAUACAGCAAACAAGCAAUGUAAAUGGUCCGUCGCGAUUCCAGCAGGAAAGAUAAUAAAUGUCAUCUUUAAGUUGUUUGACCUUGAACCAGAUUGGACUUGUGGGUAGGUGUUUUAAACAACACGAAUUCUUUGAUGCAUUGCACAAUUAAUAUGAACUAGAAUAUUUCCGUAGUCUACUAUUUGCAAAGAAUAAAAAGCGACACUAAAAGUUUACAGUGCGACUCCGUCAAACACUCUAAUGGGCCUCCGAGGAAACAUAGGCUCUCUUCAGCGGAUUUAAAAGGUUACAUCUGUAGAUUGUAAUUAGUUGAUUUCGAUCCAUGUUGUUGAUUUCGUUCCGUGAUAAUUAUAAUUGACAACUAACUUUUUCGGAAUCUUCCUGACAUCCAAUUGUUCAACUUUGUCAACUCUCAGACGUAAAGGCAAUCAAUCCCGGCCUUUGUACAAGGGAAGAAAGGAGUUGAACCCCUGCCCAAACCCCCACUUGAGUUUUUGUUUCGUUCCUAUAUUAUACAACGCUUAAAAUGAGCUCUGUGAUCAUGCGAUGAUAUAGCUGGGUCAAUAAAGGUUACUUUGGGCAUUGGAGACUGCCAAUAGGAAGCUAUUGUUUAGUGGUCACUGAAGACAAUCAUCGCAGCGAGUUUCUUAUGCCCAGAUGCCCAAUGCCCAUUGCCAAUAAGUACGGGGAGUGUUCAACAAAAAAUUAUGAACAAAAGAGCCGUCUUGUGGUUUGAUUUCCUCUCCAAACGUUUCGGGCCUGGCCUUUCAUCUGUGGAGUUACAAGUACGUUAGAAACGUUGCAAGGUUUGCAUACGCCAUGAAAGAAAACAUUAACACUCAAAAAAACUUUGCAGUGCACGCGCGACUCUGCGCUAGGGCCUAGAGGAAACGGAAGUCGGGUUUUAAGGUGACUAGACCCAGUUUUUUUGGGAGGUACCAUCCUACUUUGAAGCUCUCUGGUAUUCCCACCUUUACUUUUAUCGUAAGACUAACACACAGAAUGGAUAACAUAUAGAUAAUCUACAAUAUAACAUAAAAUUUUUGGCGAUCGGAGUAAAUGUCACGUGGUUAUAAUGCCACGCCCCUUUGAGAUCUGAGUCGAAAAUCUGCUGUUGCCGGCAUAUUUUCGUGAAAAUCUCUCGGCUACACAUAGUGGGCAUUAGUGCCUUGCGCUGAACAGAGUUUCACCAAAAUCGCAAAGACCCAAUUCGAGAAAUUCAGCGGUUUCCAAAUUUAGGUCAUAAUUUAUGCGAAAAUGAUAAGCAAACUUUACACGAUUAUAUCUAAUAAACUGUGAGACUUAUCCCUUUAUUUUGGGCAUCGUUAUAACAGAUGGGUCCUUGUAAGUCAGCAAAAAGCUUUAGGGCCUUGUAAAUGCGCGCGAUUUUGAGCAAAGCAAACAUAUAGAAAUUAUAUUUUUAGCUAUUUGUUGACGUUUGUCAGCGUUUAUGAGUCCUUCUCACGAAAAAAGCAUUUUCUUAAAAAUUCGUAGUUUUUUUUCCCUUCAACUUUUUAAAGGGCCACAAUUGAUUAACUAACUACCCGGAUUCUGAAAUUCAUGGUCAUUCAAAAACUGUGACAUUAUCUUCUAUAAGCCCAAACUUGAGUAAACAUUGAAGAUUUUUAACGUUUUGGCUGAGUUGGUGCUUUGGGAGUUGUCUAGUCUGUCAUGAUACAGCAUUCUUGUUCAGCACGCGUGCAAUGACCGCGCUUGGCUGACUUCCGAAUGCUCACCGAGAUAUGAUAAUUUUGGUACAGUGAGACAGGCCAUCGCAUGAUACAUAGAGGUUUAACUCACAAUUUUUAAUCAAUUCUCGUGCUCCUUGUGCCUUUGCAAAAAAAUCAAGAAGUGCUACACACUAAAUCUACUUACUAUUACGAAAAUAUCAUUUUUUCAUAGGUUUAAUGCAAGCCAAUAAUUAAACCAUCUCGUGAUGGGAAUUCCUUCUAUUUUCUCAUACUAAAGUAUCAUAUAUUAGCGGAGCUCCACGCGCGCGAAGCGCGCGCGUGGGCGGAGCCCCAUAGCUAAGGAAAUCUACCCAUCCCAGAAAAUUUGGUAAUCACGUGACCGACCGACCGACCGACCGUCCGUCCGCACCACAGACAUACCAAUGUUUACUCUCACACUUUCUAGCUACUUUGGGAGCCCAGGAGAAAGCUGAUUGAACAUCAACGUUGUCAUCAAUUGACAGCUGUCAAAACAGGGUAUCCACUGACCACUAUCACCUGACCGAAUCGCGGGCUCAGGUGUCGACCCAUCGAGGUCGAGUAUUUUUUGAAGUUAUCCGCUGACAAUUUACUCGUUUUCAAAUGAUCGCAGGCUCACGUUUACUUUUGUUUUAAAUUCAUAUCAAAUAUGUUGUGUUUAUGUCAGUAUCGCCCCGCACUAUUACGAUUUUGAUUUCAAACUGACUUCAGACGCAAAAAUUCAGCCAGUUUUUUUAAAAUACAGGCGGGGAAGACCUUUUGUUACCAUGGUCACGUGUUGGUCACGCUCCACGUCCAAUUUUUAUGCUCUGAUUGGUUAAAAUUUGACAGAUGAGUUCAUGCGUAAAAUUUAUGCAGCAUCGUGAAAGUUGUUUACUUUGACAGCUGAAGCUGACAGAGUUUUGAGUCAACUUGUGAUGUUUUUAACUGUCUUUUUCCACUGGAUGUACAAAAUGAAAUACAGCUGCUAUCAAGAGUGUUCUCUUAUUCAUGGUUUGUUUAUUGGGUUUUUGGUUGAAAAAUGCGUCGCUUGUCAAAGCCGAUAAUCCGAUUUCGGAUGGCAUCGUUUUUGUUUUUCACCUUGCUGGAUGCGUACGAGAAUUAUAAAGGCUCGAGCGAUCCUUGCCUUACUUGAUAGCUUUCAGGAGCUGCAUCUCGAAAUAUGGUAAGCCUGAGUAAUUAUUGUAUUUAAUCUAAUUUCAUGGAGUCCAGCUGCGCAGUUUAUGAAGCUAGUUUAUGCACGUUUGUAUUAAGAUUUGACUGAGACACUGAUCUGACCUCGUAUGAGGUUUGAUAUAAGCUUAAGCUUACAGAACUUUAAAAAGCCUUUAGUCGAUAUCAAUUCACCUUAAAUAGAAAGAAAAAACUUUCCAAAGAAUAUUUAGUUAUAAUUCUGGCUGUAGAAAGAAAGCUUUGAACGAUUUUCUUUUCGUGAGUUCAUCUUUGAAAACAGCCAACACCGGGAAACCAGCGGCUUAAAACAUAAACUUUAAGCUUACUAGUAAAGACUUGAGGAUUCUUAGACACACUUAAAUACUCAUUUGUUUUCGUGAAUGAAAAUUGUUGUCUCUGUAAAUGUUCUAUCGAAUUAUUUUUCUUUAUUGAUUUUUGGUAGUCUCAAAAGUGUAAUUUUCAUCGCUUUGCCGUUUGUUUUCAGGCGUUCAUAAACAUCGCUCGCAGGAGUACUCAAAAUGCCAAGCGUAUCAAACGCUUUUUAAGAUUACACAUCGUUAUAAAACCGUUAAUAAAAAAUAGGCUCAAUAAAUUCUUUAUCACGUUGAAGCGUAACUCUUUUAAAAUUUCUUCGCAAAUUUGGCGCUCGUCAAAAGUUAGAACCGGCUGGCCGUAUAGGUGAUUUUGGAAAUUUUUUGAACGGUUUCGCUUAUUAAAAGUCCACGCGUGCCUCUAUGGUCCUGAAUAUUGAAUGAAUGCAAUUUGUCAUCAAAAAUUGUGAAAUACUGCAUUUUGUACGAGGUCUGUAUGAUAAAAACAGCGACUCAUAGUAUUCUUUCUCCUCAGAUGUGGUGUAUAAAAAAAAUAAAAGAUUGGUUUGCACGCACCCAGAUUUAUUGGCAAGAAUUUGUAAACUUGUCGAACGCAAAAAAUUCGGUCUGAUUUGUUUUCCAAGAAUUUGUUUUGCACGCCUUAUCUACUGUGAUCAAGAGCCAUCAUUGCUCUUAAAUGUGACCGAAGACUAUUUUUUGGGUGUACAUAUAAGGCUACAUCAACUCGAUACAAAAUUUGUUUCAGUCCAAAAUCACUUAGCUUUUCCCUCAAAAGUCACAUGAAUGUGCCCUUACGUUAACCGAUUUGUGGAAUACAAAAUUAUUGUUUGAUUUAAGUUAUAAAUUUAUCAAUGGGAGCUUCGCUUUUAGCUGUGGCUAAAUAUAUAUAUUAUCACAACGUUAUAUUGUAGAUUGAUCUAUAUGUUAUCCAUUCUAUGUGUUAGACUUACGAUAAAAGUAAAGAUGGAGAUACCAGAGGGCUUCAAAGUAGGAUGGUACCCCCCACACCAAAACAAAAACUGGGUCGACUCACCUUAAGCCUCACGGAUGACUGGUGCCAAGCUGAAAAAAAAAUUUAAAAAGAACAAAAACAAAUCAAAUAUAGAAAAAUGACCACAAAGCCUCGAAAGUUGUGUUAGAAUUUUAAUCUAGAGAACGUGGUCUACUCCCAACCAUUCUCAAACCCUUAAGUAACCUUUAUUGAAUCAGCUAUAUAAAAUUAAUGGUGUGCAGGGACCCUAGCUUGAUGUUUGAAAAUAUGUCUGAUAAAUAAAAAGGGAGAAAAGAUUUUGGCUCAAUGUGGUAGUUCAGUUAAAAGCCUUGUUUUCCAUUUAUUUCCGACCUUUUUCUAUAAUAGUGCUCUAGCCAAGACAGCACAAAAAAAAACUCGAUUAAUUGAGUCGGGUUCAGUGGUUCAAUAAAUGUUUAAGAAUUGAUCAAUGAUCUUUCGAAUGUUGUUUAAUGAAAAUGAAGGGGGUGUUUGGGAAAUAUUGGAGAUUACCAAUAGUAGACAAAGGUCAGACAACCCCCACAACAAGGUGCCCUGAGCUCGUUAGUGGACUAAUUUGUUUGUAUGGAUUCCUUUUUCUACCCUUAUUUCUUUCAUUCUCAAUUCAACCUCAUUUCCCGAAAUGCGCAAACAAAAGUGCGCUUUAAAGGCGUUUUGAAAAAAAAAACCGUGAAAACCUUUCCUGGUGAAAAAUGGUUGGAAUCCAGGCCCUCCCUUGUUCAAGUGAAGCUGAUCGUACUAUUUAAAAUUCAACUUUUCAAGACAUAAAAACGACACCGAUAGCAGCCAAACAGAGCGGGGUUGUAGUCGUUGACAGCUGGCAUGUUUCGACAUUACACGGUGGCUCAUCAGAACGGUGCAACGCAAACAGAGAAGUUUUGAUGAAAAAAUAACGAAAUAACGAAAUCCCUAACAAUGGACUAUCACACUCACCUGAUCACGCCAUAACGUGUCUACAGGAGUGCGAAAGUCCUAUUUUCAACGGCUACUUCCUGCAGCUUACACUCUUUACUUUUUUGUACGUCCAAGGGUUGACUGAAACAUGAAAUGCCUUAAAACCCGAAUGCUAUUUACAUGUGGUUCACCCAAACAUUGGGGUCUACUAAAAAAAUAUCAAAGAACAUGCGAGUAAGCAUAUCUAGAUUUCCCUCCAGGGGAUACUCCCUCUGAUGGCCUAUACGGGGAGGUUCCGCUUGAAAGGGGUACCUUUUUGAGGCUUCAUGUCUAUGAAAUGGAGUCGGAAAUUUGUCAUUUUGGUCUGUCAGAGGUCCAGCAGAUGCAUUUUAUGGCUCUGAACUAGUUGAGAAAACGUGAAAUUUUGUGAUUUCUUCAUAUUUAAAGAGUCUUUAAAGACAGUGAAUUUACAGCAGUCACUAAAAGGGAUAAAUAACUCUAAACUAGGUAAGUGAAAGUGGUAUCAUCCGUCAAUAACACGUAUACGAAAGGAGUACAUUUUUUCUGUCAAAAAUGGUAUAUGAAAAGGGUAAGGCCUUGGAUCUCGGGGCGGAGCCUCCCUGUAUAAAAAUCUGUUUAGUACCAGCGGGUUUUUUCCUUUCAGUUUCGAUUAUCUGACGAUCACUGAUAGCAACAACGUUGAAUUGGGUAAAUACUGUGAUCGCGGAUUCGGUUGGAAUCAGUCGACCAUUGUAACUGGAGACUACGCAAAUAUCAUAUUCAACUCAGAUGGAGGCGUUGAAGGAAAAGGAUUUCAGUUGUAUUUUAAUGUACUACCUCAAAGCGGUAAGUGUAAAGGGUCAAACGUCUUUUUCAUCCUACCUGAAAUGUGCUAGGAAGGAAAAGCGGAUGCCUAUAUCUUCGAUUUUUAUCAGGGUGCUUUGUAAAAUUUCGUGAAAUUUCGCCUGUCGAAACGUACGGAAAACUACUCAGUCUAGCUGUUCGGAUGUUUCUCAGAAAAUUGUAGGCUACAAGUGCUCUGCUUGCACAGUGUUUCUAAGGACGGUCGGGUCCGACCAAAGCUUUCCAAUAUGCAAACAUUUAACUAAACAUUUCUACUUCACUGAUUGGUAGUCUGAUUUAGAUAUUGGUCUAUUUUUUCUCGAUAGGACAAUCUUGUUCUAUUUUCGUUUUCGUCUGUUGUCAGUUCCAGUAGUCUCUGACCAUUCGGUCUAUUAUAAAGGAGAGCACACUGAAGGCUUUUAUCAGGGGCACCUAACGACUGUUUUCUGUAAAAUCUGUUCGGAGAAGCAAAUAUAGCCUAGAAUUUUCUAUUACUCGAGGGCCGCUUAAAAUUUUUUGAUGACGGUUUUAUUCAAGUGCAAUUUUCGAAGCUCAUCUAAUAAAUUCUCCACGAUUUUCUGAAAUUUAAUUUUUUCUCAUUUCAGUCCCCAAAUUAAACUAUUUUUCGAAGAAAAAGGAACAUAAAAUUCUCGGAUUCAGAAGUGUGAUGGAGAGAUGAAUCAGAAAACUCCUCACUUUUGUAUAAGUUAAAUAAUACUGAAGCCCUUGUAAUUUCGAAAAGAAUCAAGUUCCCCUAGGAUGACCGAACAGAUAUCACUUUAUAGCGCCGCUUGGAAUGCAAUUGUAGAGAUCUAAAAGUAUUCGAUCAGGAUAGGAGGAAACGACCGUCUUAGGGUGCCCCUGUUAUAUUAAACGCCAGUAAAUCAUCACAGCAGCAUGAAGCAUUCUUCGUUUUCUUUGGCAGCCCUUUGCAGCUCAGUGGUGAACAAUAUACUGAGAUCCCCUGUAUAUGCACAAAGUUAUCCACCAAAUCUGCACUGCGUCUACAAUAUAUCAGUUCCACAAGGCAAGAUUCAAAAACUUGUAUUUCAAAUAUUUGAACUGGCAUCCGAUCCAGAAUGUAGGUAAGUUUCUCUCAACGAUAACUCUAAUGACCGUUAAUUCAGUACCCUUAUUUUCAUUGUUUUUACAUCCUCUAAAUUGCAGCUUGAAAUAGUAAAAAUUGCACCUAUUUUGAUUUUGCUCUGAUAAAAUUCUCAUUGAACGAAUUAUUUAAAAUUUUUAUGUGUUGUUAUCAGGUCAUGCAUGAGUAGCAAUAUUCCCAGCGGUUUCGAAAACUGUUUUUGCCCAUCCACACUUGAACGAUAAAACAUCCGGGUUUUUUUUAACCCUUUCAAUGUGGCUUAGUGUCUUAGAGGUCUGAAGCUGAUAAUUCUUAUCAAAUGUACUCAAUUUACUUGAAAACAUAGCGGUUAUCGAAAGGGUGGGGGAGGUACGGGAGAAUACGGUGGGGGAGUAGGAUUGGGGAUAUGAGAUUUUUUCUCCCUCUCCCCAUUUUGUGCCUUAAACCUGCAGACAGUAGCUGAUUACUGACGCAGGCUAUUAGAGACCUUUAGAUUCGAGGACGAGAACGACUACGAGUACGAGAUUUAACUUAAAGUUUUCUCGCGUAUUCUCAAAAAAUAGACCCCCCGGAAAGCUUCAUUGUACUUUUUUUCAUUAGAAAAGAUAGCACUGUUAUCUAUAUUGAAGGAGGUUAAGCCCUCCCUCGAUCGCAAAAUAAUAAAACUUCUAACACUGGAUAUCUCGUUUCCGCCAUGACGACAUUCUUGCUAAAAAUCGUAGUAGAAUGACGACUGCUACCAAGUUUUCCCGCGCUGGUUCACGCGCGUGCACUACCUAAACUACGGAAAAACCGGGCAACAAAAAACAUGCAACUUGUCAUCAUAGGCGUACGGGCUAUUUUUUGCCAGGGGGGGCGGUAAACCAUUUACCCAAAAAAUUUUUGCAAGUUGCCCAAAUUUUUACAAAACAGUCGAACAGAAACGAGGGCCGAUGCAACAAGAUAGGCCGUACUGGCAUAUGAAGAUGGCUCCAUACAGUUUUUCAGGGUCAAUACCUGCCAAGUUUGAGCAUAAACUACGUCGCCAUAAACAAACAUUUGGAAAAGUUGCCACCACAGGUGUAUUAGAUAAAGAUGAAAAAUUGUUGUGAUCAGGGUUGCAAUGACAUCGGAGCUGUUAUAGCAACGAAAUGAAGCCAUUACCUAUUAUACUUGCAGCAAUAUUUCUCUCUAGGAACUGUUCUUCUAAAAUCGAUAACAGGAGCUUUUUCCUCCAAUAGUCGCCUCGAUGUUCGUGACGUUAAAACGGAAUCUGUAAGAGCAUUAUCGAGAUAUUUUGGGAUAAAGUUUUUAUCGUUGGAAAUACGGUAAAAAAGGGAAAAUCUUGAUGUUUGGCCGUUAUCUGUAGAAAACGAUGCACUUUUGACAUGCAAUUUCACCUCAUAGUAGUUUCAAUCUUUUCAAAAACGUGGGUGAUAGAUCAUGGAGAUAGCUCCGGCCAAUUGCUACAAAGAAGGAUUUGAUUAGUAUGUAUCAUGGCGCUCUUGUUAGCGGUUUUGUAAGCAUUUCUGUCUACUUUAACAAAUUAUUGAAUAAUUUUUAAACCGCUCGAUAUACUUUUUUAAAAAAUCAAGAUUCUUCUCGCAAUUCAAACUAAGAAUUAAUCAGCCACUUCUUCACUUUAAGACCCAUUGCUGAUGCUAUCUGCCAUACACUGUUCUACGAACGGAGAUGAUUCUAGAAAGUUAGGCGGAAGUUUAUUCUAAUAAAUUCACGAGUGGAAAUAGCCCAUUGCAGUACAGUGCCCAACAAUAAAAAAAAAUCAGCAUAUGAUACCUUUCCCUUACAACCAGAAACUCGUCACGUGCUAGACAGACACUCUCGUGUCAAUGUAACUGGAUUAUUACGCCGACUUCAGGUUAAAAUAGAAUAUAUUUAUCUCUUUAAAAUAAUAUCAAAAACACGGAGACGUCUUUAAAAACUGGCUUUGCCCAAAUUUUCUCGUGCUGCCCAAAAAAUCUGAGUUGCCCAAACUUUGGGGGGGGGGGCUGCAGCCCCCCUCGCCCCCCCGGCCCGUACGCCUAUGCUUGUCAUGCAACAAUGCUGCAAAACGAGUUGAAUAGCGAUGUUGCGCCUUUUACCACCCAUAUCAAACCUGUCUGACAACAAAUCAAGUUGUUAACGGGUUUGAAAAUGGGUGGUAAAACGCGAAACAUUGCUUUUCAACUUGUCCAGCAGCAAUGUUGCAAAACAAGUUGCACGUUUUUGUUGCCCGCUUUACCGAAACUUUAGUAUUGAGGAAAUCUCGUCCUCGUUGUCGCACUCGUCUUAGAAUCUAAAGCUCUCUAUCAAUUCAAACCUUGCAACGAUUCUAACGUACUUGUAAGUCCACUGAUGAAGCCGGCCAGACCCGAAACGUUUGGAGAGGAACUCAAACCAAAACACGGCACUUUAGUUCAUUGUUGUUCGUUGAACAUUCCCUCACUUGCUAUUAAUUCGCAAGUUAAUCAGUAAUUAAACUUGACAUAAAACAACGAUGACAGUUUUCUAAAAACUGUAAUCGGAAUCAUAAUCAGUACGUUUUCUUGCAGGAACGACUACUUGAGCAUUUCAAAUGGAACUAACACCAUCGGCCAAUACUGCGGUAACUUAACUGGAAACGAAAUUCGUGUUUCCCAUGACUAUCUGUUGUUAACAUUUCACUCGGGCACGCAAUUCAACCCGAAAAAUAAAGGAUUUGAAAUAUUUUUCACAGCGGAUGCUCACAUGCCUGGUAAGUUAUUUAUAGGCUAGUUAUUUAUCAUUCAAAGUUGUUUCCCAAGGCUUAUGGGUUUAAAGAAAUAAUAUUAUUACUUACAGACAAUUGCUAUUAUUAUUCAGUCGAAAUAUUUCCCCGAUUCUGAUUGGCUAAAAGCACACACAUAAUUCACCAUAACCAGCUACUGAUGACCAAAUUUGGAAGAAUUUUGCGUGUAAUCAACCGAUGACGUCAAAAGUGCAGCGUCCUUGCAGGUUAAUACACCAUUAACCGAGAAGACCUGGGGACAAGGUUCAGUUGUUUUGGUUGUGAAAACAAAAGUGGAGGACAUUUCACUCGUUUCAAGAGAAAGAACCAGGCGAAAUGAUAGCUAAAAAUAUGGCAAGAACAGCAGGAGGACAACUCGAAGGGCGACAUCUGCUGUUUGGAGAAUAUUUGCGGAGCUGAACAACCCUAAACGUGCACUAUCGAAGAUGAACUUAACAUCGAUAAAGGUAAGCAUGUUUUAGCUAUAGUUUAAAUUAGGAAUUAUUUUGAAUUAAUAAAAUAAAGAUUAAUAUUGAAUUCGGCUUUCGUAUCAUAUGAAGAAUUAUGGAGAUCUCGAGCUUUUCUGGAAAACGUCCUAAAGGCUACUAGAAAAAGGAACCUUUUUAGGUGAAAUUAGUUUUAAUUUAAUUAUGUUUCAGCCCCUUGUCCAUCAGGCUGGGUGUCAAGUGUUUAUGGUUCCUGUUAUAAGAUAUCUUCCGAAAAACUGGUCUGGAUCUCAGCAAAAACUGCUUGUGAAGCAUUGGGAUCAAACCUUGUGAUACUGAACUCAAUAACGGAAAUACAAAACGUCAUUGGAAAAGCAGCGGGUUUUCUAUGGAUUGGUCUGCAGAGGGAUUUCAAGAAUAAGUCGCGGUGGCUGUGGGUAGAUGGGUCCGAAGCUUUCUUUACCUACUGGUGGAGCGGAGAGCCAAACCAAGCCAAUAGUGAAGAGAAUUGUGCAGUAAUGACCCCAUACGUAAGAAAAUGGAAUGACAUAGCUUGUACUGGAGAGACUUACAAUUACAUUUGUGAAAUCAAAGGUAAGCACAGCUUUCUAAUUUCAUAAAAACCAUAGUAAUUUAUACAACCACCUUAAUUUGUUUCGCAGGUUGUCCUAAGUUCUGGAUUCAAGUGUUAGGCUCUUGCUUUAAAGCCUCGUCUAUCACCCUAAAUUGGCUGUCAGCAGAGUUUGCAUGUAAAGCAGUUGGUUCAUAUCUUACUAAUGUGAAUUCAAUAAGUGAACAACAUGUUCUUCAUGGUUUAUCGGAGGGAAAAGGCACGUGGAUUGGUAUGCACAGGAAACCCAAGGACAACUCAAGCUGGGUUUGGGUCAAUAAUUCGCAAGUUAGUUAUAUUAAUGACUUGCGUAAUCGACUGGACAAUUUGACAGGUCAGGGAGAUUGUAUAGCUAUAGAUUCAAAAGGAAAACUGAAGAAAUGGAACUGUAAUCAUCAACUUAAUUUUUUUUGCACAAUACAAACAGGUAAGAGAAAAAUAUUCUAAUUUUAUACCUAGUAUGCUUGUGUAGACCGAACCAAAAACCGUACUUUUUUGAAAAAACCAGGAAGAAGGAUCCUCAAUCUUUGGUCAAGAUAUUUUGCAGCAAACAAAUCUUUUAGAAAACAACAAAAUUAUUACUAAGGAAGCACAAAAGCACUCAUCUGCCCGCCAAUAUGCCAAUUCAAUUCCCAGCGUCGACGCAAUCGUGGUUCGAGUUAAGCGAUUCUUCUCCUCCUAAUCCGAAGAUUUUUUCUCCAGUACUCUGGAUCCCAUCCCCUACUCCAUCCUAACCCAAAAACUAACAAAAUCUAAAUUUAAUUUCAUUCGGAAUGGACGAAGAAUCACUGUGGAUCAGCCACCACCAAUUUAUAUUAUCAUUAUUGUUAUUAUUUCUUUAUUUUUAAAGACUUAGCUCUGCAAUUUUUUUUUUCAAAAACUACGAAGACAAGUGUCAAGGAUGGUGAACAAAAUUCAAAUUGAUUACAGAAAAAAGAGAGAGAAAACAGCCGACAUUUGGCGGCGCUACCACUGAUUUCCCCGCCAAGUGACGCCAAAUGACGUCUGAGAAACGAGCGCAGAAAUUCCAUACUGAUGACGCGUCACUUCUCAGAUCUGGGUAGUUUCUCUGAUUGGUUGAAUCAAAUUUCCCACGCAGCACGACCAAUCAGAAGCACUACCCAGAUCUGGGUAGUGGCGCGUCAUCAGUAUGGAAUUUCUACGCUUGUUUCUCAGACGUCAUUUGGCAGGGAAACCAGUGGUAGCGUCUCCAAAUGUCGGCUGUUUUCUCAGGCUAAAAAAUACUCUGACGUAACUUCUUUAGUUUUGACAAUUCUUCAGGUUUUUUAACUAAUUACUUACAGCAUAAAAUGUAUUUUUCUUAACUUUUGUCCAUUCGUUGUUUCUAUCCAUAAGGAACUAGGUGCAAAAAUCCUUCCUCGGGGAAUGAUAUGGUUGUUUCCGAUUGUCUGUCAUCCACUCAACAAUAUGGAAAGACAUGCUCGUUUAACUGUGCCCCUGGUUAUUACGUUAGCGGCCCGUCGUCUGCUCGCUGCGGGAUAGGCGGAGUAUGGAGUGACGACGUUCAAACAAUCGGAUGCCACGGUUUGUAUUUUGUGUUUGUAUCCCUCCUGUUCCCUUUUUUGUUUUAAUACGAGGACUAUUCAUUGUUUAUUAAGAUUAUUAAGAAUUAUUCGUUGCUGUUAUGUUGGAUGCAUGGAUGGAUGGAUGGAUUGACGGACCGGACUGAUGGAUAGAUAAAUAGACGAUAGAUGGAUGAAUGGCUGGAUGGAUGGAUGGAUGGAUGGAUGGAUGGAUGGAUGGAUAGGAAGACAGACACAGUAGUAGGCAUCUUUCCGUGUUAGUAGACUAUGAACUCGCGCUCUGGUAAAGGUGGACUCAACAGCGUCUUCUGUGGGUUCACACUCCAGUAAUGCAGGAGUGGCAGUAUCAUUUUAAUGACUCGGCUCACGUCUCUUUUAAGACCAAAAUAAAUGAGAUAUCAUCGUCAUCUUUUCAUCAACAUCAUCGUCGUCGACAUGAACAUCAUUCAUCAUUAUUGUCAUCAUCAUUAUCUAUCAUCAUUAUGAUUAUGAUUAUCAUAAGCAGCAGAUCGUAGUUACCAUUCGUAGAGCUUGAGUGUUGACUACUAAAGGAUGUUUGUUGCUGUUACAUAGAAUGCGAAAGUGCUCUUGGUAUGGGAGAUGGAGCAAUAUCCAAUGGACAAAUUAGUGCGUCCUCACAACUGGAUGCCGACCAUGCAGCCAUCAACGGUAGAAUCACGUCAUCAACAAAAGGGUCGUGGUCAGCUUUCAAUAAUGAUGUUAGUGAGUGGCUCCAAAUAGAUCUGGGCAGUCAAGAGCACACCCUUGUAGCAAAGAUUGCUACACAGGGAGAAAAUGCUAAAAGCCAGUGGGUCAAACAUUAUACAUUACAGUACAGCAACACCGGUUUGUCCUUCUACCUUUACAAAGGUCAAGGACAAAGCGAAGGAAAGGUAGGAAAACAAAUAACAUUUAAUGAACAUCAAACGGAUAUUUCAUCAGACCUGCAUGUGUUUACUAGGGGAGCCAUAGUAUUGCAUGAUGUAAUCAGCUGUUUACCUAGUGCAAGAGCCCUACUGAUGACUCUCAUAGGCCUUAUUAUUAUGACAUUUCUAUAGUUGCAACGUUUCCGUAGUUUCCCUAAGGCAAGUCACGUAUGAAUUCGCUCUUCAAUGCUAUUUAGACUGUUUUUUGCUUCCUGUGACCAGGGGGAAGGGCUCGGAAGUCCUUCCUCUGCCACUUAGCAACCGCUCAUCCUACGGCCACCAACAUACACAAAAUAAUGUACUCGUCAUUUCCAACUUCUGGGCACAACGUGAUUGAAAAAGUGACGUAAUCGAAGGUCAUUAUAACAUCAUAUUGUUGAAUUUAUUGGCAGAAUCCAAAUUUCUCUCAAAGUGGACAUAAAGCGAAAAAUACUUAAAUAGUAAGGUCUGUGAUAAAAUCAAGGAAGCUGGCUAAUAUAACACAUAAAUGAGCUUUGACAAUAGCAGUGAUGACAUGAUGACGUCAUUCAUUACUAAAAAAGAACGGGAAGCAUCCGCCAUUUUGAAUUAUUAACAUGUAUCCCAUUUAAUGAAAAUAAAAUAUGGAAAUUCCGGGAGAAAUGAACACUGUUGAUCAUUGAACUCAGCAUCUUCUAUUUAGUCAUGUUAGUCGCUAAAAAGCCCGGAUUUUAUUUUCAACAGUUGAAUUUGUGAUCCUUUGUUAUUAUGCUAAUUUGUAGAAACUAUAGAAAUCAAAUCUUGCAUCACUUAUUCAUUUUGCCUUGAGAAUGGUGUCAUGAUGAUACCGAAACGUCGGCUUUUAACGUUAAUAUUCGCUUGAAAUAAAUUCGGUAAAAUAAUUCUAAAUUAUGUGUUAUAAAAUAAUUCAAUCAGUAAAAACAGAAAUAAACCUUUUUUAGAGAAAAUUCAAAUUUUAAAAAACAUGGCUCUUAAAACUCUGUUGCCAUGGUAACAUCAAUGUCAACGUUGACGGGCACGUAGAGACUACUUUAAAAUGUUCUAAGAUUAAGUUUAGGAAAAGUCGCUAAGUUUGGUUGGCCUAGCUUGAACGGAUUUGUAGUUAUGCAUCGUAGCGAGGGAGGGGAGGGGGGGUCAAAAGGCUCCCCUCCACUGUCUGAAUAGAGUUAAGGGAUCUUAAUGUUAACUUUGUAAAGUAAGUCAAUACCUUUAGGGACGCAAAUGAAUUAGCGCUCUUGGCUUUUUUUCAGGUGUUCGAUGGCAACACAGACCCUGAUACCAUUGUUUCUCAUAACCUAAAUCCACCCAUUAGAGCACGGUACAUUCGUUUCCUACCAACAGCUUGGCAUAAACACAUAUCUAUGAGGGUAGAGCUAUAUGGCUGUAAAGGUAAUGAAUGAUUAUGCGUUAAAUACCAUUCCAAAUAACUUUGCAGACAAGCCAAGGGGUGGGUGUUUUCUCCGUUUGUUUACCUACAAGAUGAUUAUGAAAUAGAGUACCAGUAUAGUAGAGGAGCAUUUUAUCCUAUUUUAUGGUUGACGCGCUGAUGAUGUCAUGGCCGUUUGUCCUUAUCUCGUGAUCCUUUUUAAGAUCAGGUCAUAACGUCAUUUGAAGGUGGUUCAAACCGUUGGACAGCUUUUCUAGUUAUUUAUCAUGCUUUUUGAAUUGUUGACUGAAAAACAAAGAAAGGUAUUCACUUAAUGAUUCAUGAUUCAAACCAAUAGAAAUGCGGAAAAGCAAAAAAAGGAAGGGGAAAAAUAAAAAUUGUUUUUAUUAUAAUUAUUAUUGUUAUGUUAUUAGAUAUGUACGAUUUGGCAGUAAGAAUCACACUGGAAUCAGUGAACGUGACCUGGACAAUGAAAGUGGCAGGAAAUAGAACUUUCGUAAUUACGUUAAGGCUUAGCCUGUGCUGGCUAGCUAAGACUCAAUAAUUUUUUUUUGGCCACAAUCGAGUUAGCGCUUAUUCCUUCGACAACAUGAAUUAUCUAAUUAUGGAAUUGUUAUCAUGUGGGAAUCAAAUAAGGUUGUUCGUCCGACUCACUGAACUUGGCAUUUUUUAUUGUCGAAAUCUCGUUCUUUAAUGCAUAAAGUGUACUCACACCCUAAAGUAGAAAAGCUGCACCAUGUCUGGUCGACUGUUGUGUUUUUGUAGCCCAGCUAUAUAAUUUAUUGCUAACAUUUAAAAACUCUUCGCAAAUUAUUACAAUCCAUGACUUGUAAUUUGCUAAAGAUCGUAUUCUACCGUGUCAAUACAUAAAUCAUCAAUGUGAUCCAUUAGAUUGUUGAACCUCAGUACUACCCAAGAAAAUUCAUUAAAUACAUUAUUUAAAAGAAUAACAUUAACUACGUUUGGUGACCAACUUCAGCUUUAAAUCGAUAAAUCAAUCAUUAAAUCAAUAAUCUUUAACUAAAAGAAACUUACUUUCUCAAUCAUUAAAUCAAUAAUGUUUAACCAAAAAAAAUUACUUUCUCAAUCUAAAGAAUAGUCUGCUACACAGCCGUUUUUAGUGUCGUCACGGAAUGCUCCUCCCCACAAUCCCCACAGUGGGGAGGAGCGUUGCGUGACGACACUAAAAACGGCUGUGUAGCAGACUAUCUAAAGAAGAGAUUCAAAUUUUCAUUAGGGACACCCACAUUUGGCCAUUGGCUCCUAGAUGGAUCCGAUACAGAUGUAAGGUCAGUAGAGAAACAUAGCUUACUAAAUAAAGCCUACAUAUACAACAUUCAUAUCUAUAUAAUAUAUAUAAUUAUUAUUCAUUCAAAAUAUUUCCCCGAUUCUGAUUGGGUAAAAGCACACGCAUAAUUCACCAUAACCAGUUACUUAUGACCAAAUUUCGAAGAAUUUUGUGUUUAACGAGGAAAUGACGUCAAAAAUGUAGCGUUCUUGCAGGUUAAUGCACCGUUAACCGAGAAGACCUGGGGACGAGGAUGACUUGUUUUGGGUGUGAAAACAAAAAAUGGCGGACAUUUCACUCGUUUCAAAAGUAAGAACUAGGCGAAAUUAUAACUAAAAACAUGGCAAGAACAGCAAGAACACAACUCGAAGGGCGACAUCUACUAUUUGAAGAAUAUUUGCGGAGCUGAACAACCAUAAACGUGCAUUAAUUGUUAAUUAAGCGCGAAAAGGAAGAAUAGGACAAAUAUUGUUGUUAAUAAUUUGCUGUUUGAUGUCUUAAGAAUACCCCAUCUUUAGUACGGACAGGGCCUUAUUUAUUUGUCUUAUUUUAUGUAGGUAUGUUGGUCCGGUCAGUUACAUUGACGGCUGGUGUCCUAGCAGCAAAGCGGCAUAUUUCAGUCACAACGGCUCCUACGUCACUUUGCCAAUAGUAAACAUAACGAGUUGCGACUUCACGAUUGCCUUUUGGGUAAAAUCCUUUGGUUUAGAUGGGCCUCUAAUGGCACUUUGGUCUAUGAGUGGGAGGCUAUUGUACGCAACAAUCAAGAGCUCCCGUGUUAUCUUAUCGAUACAUAACUCUCUCGAAAAAUCAAACUUCGCAAUCAAGUAUUGGAAUCAUAUAGCUGUAACAUGUUCACAGUUUCAGAUCAAGGUCUUUGUUAAUGGUACGGAGAUACCAAUGAAAGAACAACGGAACGAGUACUUAUUCUUAUUAGCAGAUCAUCGCGAAACGGAAAAUAUAAUAGGGAAUAAUCCGUACUUACUCAAGCUACCCUUCGUAAAUGGCACAUUUGAUGGAGCGGUAAUGGACCUUCAUGUGAUUGGAAUUGCCUUGUCAGCGACCGAGAUUUCAGAUUUGAGUAAAGGUUAGAAUCAGUGUAAAUUUGAAUAACCUAAAAUUUUUAAAAUCAACCACACGACUACAAAGAUUUUUUUUAGGCCUUUAGCAAAAACAAAACCAGACCUAAAAUAAUACAAUGUUCACUUGAAGCUAUAAAGUGUAGAAGAGAAUCUGGGAGGCGACUCAAGUACUAAAAGCCUGGUUAAACCAAUGUUAACCAGGAUGGGUCGUCAGCUAAAUACAUUAUCCUAAAAAAUGAAACAGCUAACAGUUCAGCCCAACAGAGUGACGGUCAACUUUCAAAAACCACAUAGCUUUGAUGGAUCCUACACUUAAGCUUGUCAUUUCGAAAUGUCCCCGUGGGGGUGUUAUUGUUUUGACAGGUUCACAUGACAUGUGAUAUUUUCAAGAUGGACGGAUUGCCUUAUUCACAGUGCUCUGCGCGUGAAUUUUGGCUUGUAAUCAAAAAGUUUACGUAGAAGGGUGUUAAGUCAUUAAAAAUCUUCAGACUUUAAAGCGAACUUUAGUGUCCUGCAUGAAAAUAAUAAAAAAUGAUGAUGACUGUUUUUAAUAAUUAAAGGCAAACCCAAAGCUCCUGUUAUUUACAACAAAGAAAAUGAAAUAAAUGGUUGCACGGUGAACUUGUCAUGGAGUCGUAGUGUGUGUGCCACAACGAAGAACACCAUACGCUACAGAGAGAUAAAUCCACAGGGCAAUGCAGUUGCAUCAGUAGAUGUUACUAAUGAAGAACCCGCAACAACCUUCUAUGUCAUGACACUUGACUGUGACAAGAUCUAUGAGAUAGCAGUGUCUUCUUGGUUUGGAGGGCUUCAGAGCGACUGGUCAAUUUCUUGGCAAGUUAAAACAAACUCAGGUGUGAUAUAAAUAAAAGAAAAGGUCGUUGGUUAGCUUGUGCAAAUAGUCUUAGCUUCCCCUCGAAAUUUUAGAGGGCCUGGUUUCAGCGAAAGCAUCUUACGAUAAUGCAUGGUGUAAUCCCAGAUGGUACGCACCUCUCUAGAACCUCUAAUUUCAUUGAAGCUUCGAUGACACGGAGCUCUAGUCUUUCAGUGCUAGGGUACUGUUGUUUGUUUAUUGUUUACUCAGAUAAUCCAAAGUACAACGUUUCCCUAUUCCCAAGAAGUAACUUUCAAGAUAUCCUUUGUUUCGUAAAAGCAAAAAUGUUCCCUUAUUCCAGUUGUUUUUCCGCAGAUACCUGGAAAGAUACUUUAAACUUAACAUAAACAAUUCAACGUUUUGGGGGGUUUUUAAAUUACCCCCCAAAAUUGCAAUUCUCCUGGCGUGUGCUCUAAGGACAUGUUCUAAAUCAAAGCGACAACAACAAUUUCCUAUAUAAGUGUCAUUAUUGUUUCUGACCUUACAGUUAACCAUGGCAUGGCAGAAAUUUUAGGAAUAGCUCUUGGGAUUGCUGCAGCUCUGGUGGCAGCAAUUAUCAUGGGGAUAAUUUUCUACCGAAAGAAGCAAAAAGAAGAAGAACGGUAUGCAUGUUAUUAGUAUUAAAUUAGAAUUUCGGUUGGAUUGAAAAAGGGUCACGUCAUCUUUACUUUGGUCCAGUAAUACUCACUGCGACAUCCUUGACUUUUUCUUCUUAAGGUCUCAGGAACAAUAAAAUACUUUGGGUCGGCCUCGAAACUGUUGUGUGUUUUUUUUAACUGCUUGGUGCAGUUUCGGAUCAAAUACAUGUGUAUGAAGUAGUUCAGAUGCUGAUAAUAUAUCCCUUUGUGUUUAAUAACAAAUUGAAAAAGUUUGGUCCGCAAAGGAUUCACUGUUUUGCAAUAAGAAGAUUAUUUCGAAGUCGUCAACUGCUCGGGUAACCAAUCAGGACUCAGAAUUCGCUUGACCUUGCCCUUUUGCGGAGCCACUCCUAGAGUACUAACCAGCCAGGCCGGAAAGAGAGAAAAAAGGAAAACAAACUGUUACCGCUUAUUUCUUCUUUUCUAGUCCAUGCAGUUUCGUUCCGAUUAAAGUGCAAUUUUUCCACGGAAGCCCUGCCUCAGAGCAAUAUUCGUUAUUGAUAUUUGACAUCUCUUAUUUAGA